AUGGCGACCGCUUUCCCAAUGGGCCCGGGCUCUCGGACCUCGGGCGGCCGCGACGCCCGCACCACCGGCGGCUGCUCCGUGCACUGGUUCCGCCGCGGCUUGCGGCUCCACGACAACCCCGCGCUGCAGGCGGCCAUCCGGGAGGGCGGCCCCGUGCGCUGCAUCUACAUCUUGGACCCCUGGUUCGCGGCCUCCUCGGCUGUGGGCAUCAACCGCUGGCGGUGAGCGAGCGAGGGGAGGGGAAGGCAUCGCGAGCUGGCGCGCUUGGCGGGGAGUUGGGGGUGGAGAAUGGGCGCGAGCUGGGGCGCGAGGACGUAGGAGGGGAGGGGGAGGCUGCCUCUCAGCCCCGUGCCCCGACGCGGAGGGUGUUGGCAGACGUGCCCAGGGGGGUGUAAAGUUUUGAGAAACAGGAGAGCGGGCUCAAGAAAAGAAAAGGUGAAGCUCCGCCCGUCAGUGGCCUAAAAUACAGUGGUACCUCAGGUUAAGUCCUUACUUCGUUCCGGAGGUCCGUACCUAACCUGAAACUGUUCUUAACCUGAAGCACCACUUUAGCUAAUAGGGCCUCCCGCUGCCGCUGCGCCGCCGGAGCACGAUUUCUGUUCUCAUCCUGAAGCGAAGUUCUUAACCUGAAGCACUAUUUCUGGGUUAGCGGAGUAUUUAACCUGAAGCGUAUGUAACCUGAGGUACCAUUGUAAAACGCCCCAGACUUAGCAGGACUACAAGGCCCCCCUGCAGGUUAACUCGGUCGCCUUGCUGACGUGGAGCCCGUGGGAGUAAUUGAUAACUUAAGCGGCGCGAGAACUGCGCGGCAGGGCGCAGAGAAUCGAUAGGGGGCGCCGUGUGGGGGGGGGGUUAAGCCCAGUGGGGACGAGGCUUGAGCUUGGGACUUCCAGACGCAGCCCUCCUCGGCUGCGGGUUCGGCUCCGGCCUGCUGGUGUUAGGAGCCGCGUAGGAGGCUCGCAGCGAUGCCCGGGCGAAGCCUUGCGCCCGGUUAAAUAACAGGCGCACGGAGUGUGUCGCUGCAGGCGGGCGCGGGAAAGACGUCAGAAAAACCGGAGGAAGGGAAGAAGCAGCAGAAAAUGAGGGGAAACCAGCUUAUGAAACAAAAGGAGUGUCAGCGCUGCAUCUGUUUUCAUGCGUCUGUUACGUGUGUGUGUUGGGGGGGGGGGGGAGACGUGGGUGGCUCAGUGGUUUAGAUUGGGCCUGCCAGUAGGAAGGUCGGCGGUUCGAAUCCCCGCGACAGGAUGAGCUCCCGUUGCUCUGUCCCUGCUCCUGCCAGCCUAGCAAUUCGAAAGCACGCCAGUGCGAGUAGAUGUUGCAACAGAAGCGGGUUAGUCAUCCUGGCCACAUGACCCGGAGAGCUGUCUGUUGACAAACUUCGGCUCCCUCAGCCUGAAAGCAAGACGAGUGCUGCAACCCCCUAGUUGCCUUUGAACUUAACCAUGGGGGCGGGGAGUGUUGUUGUAAAGAUGACAUCACAAGUACAGUAUCCAAUAGGAUUUUCUGGUGUUUAUACUUCGGAUUUCUUGCAUCAUGUUCUUUUCUGGAUUUCAACAAGUAAAUUGGGGCAUCCAAAGAUUCUGUUCUUUUGCCAUAGAGUACAGUGGUACCUCGGGUUACAUACACUUCAGGUUACAGACUCCGCUAACCCAGAAAUAGUACCUCGGGUUAAGAACUUUGCUUCAGGAUGAGGACAGAGAUUUACGCUGGCAGCGCAGCGGCAGUGGGAGGUCCCAUUAGCUAAACUGGUGCUUCAGGUUAAGAACAGUUCAGGUUAAGAACGGACCUCCAGAACGAAUUUAGUACUUAAACAGAAUACAAUGGUACCUCGGGUUAUUUCCAAAGGUAAUAUGCCUUGUGUCUGUUAAGGAAGGCCACGUAUAGCCUCACUGCCCAAAGACUGUAGUCAAGUUAAUGGAGCAUGCUUGAAAAUAAGCUCACAAAAGUUACUUGCAGGUUUAAAAAAAUUACUAGCCAUUUUGUGGGAUUGGCAGCAGGGAAAGAUGGAGCUGCAUUGCUGUGUUGGGCCUGGGGAAGAGGGCUUUCCUUGUCCAGCAGCAUGCUUUGUUUUUGUCCAGGACAUGGAUGAAGGACAAAGCGCUCUUGUCCUCUGCCAGCCCACUCACCUGCAUGGAAUUCAAAGCACUCAUCUGCAUGGAAUUUCUAGUUGCCUGUAGCUACUAGGCUAGUGCCUAAAUAUAAGGCUGUUACUGAAUGAAUACUAUUUCACUGAUGCUGCCUAAAGAGAAGCCCGCCCCAUCCCGCCCCCCACAAUUAUGGAAACCAACUAAGGGAAGCACCUUACUUGCCCCUUCGAUUGCCACUACCCUAAGGACAAGGAUGUCUCUCCUCCCCACAACUGAAUCAUAUCUGGCAUCCUUUCUGACUGCCUAAAUACAUCAAAAGACAUUUGGAGCAAUAUUUAAGCAACCAUGGAGGCUAUUAAUCUUUUUAUAACAUAUGACAGCAACAAAAUAAGUUGAAACUAGGGGUGGGAUUUGCCUAAUGAUACCCUUUAACAGAAACCCUGUCUUGUGCAAGGACUUCCCCUUGAGCUCCAGGGCACCCCCCCUUCUCCCCCCCCCCAGCAUCCUCCAAAAUUGGAUCAGAGGGUAAAGAGAACACCCAGAACAGCACAUGGGGGAAAGGGGAGGUUGUUCCAUUUGGCAGGCUGAAAUGCUUGCAGGGGUGGGAAGUUUGUAAUAGUACAACAAUGAAUCCCACCCUUGAUACUUUUAUUUUGCUUGUGGUUUUAAGGGAAAGCAAAUAUCAUCUAAAAAUGCCUUUUCACUGUACUAGCUGCUAUGUUGCGUGGCUUUGUUUAAAUUUCUUUUAAUCUUGAAAACAGGGAGCUUGUUAGGGUCGCAAUACACAAAAUACUUCUCUGGAAUAAAUGGAACAUAAACUAAUCCUCUCCAUACGUGCUGUAAGUUCAGUAGGCCAUACCCAUGUAAAAUAAUUUAGGCUGUUUGUAAUUUGAGAGUAGUUUUGUGAGUAAUUCCUAUGUUACGUUUGUGUCCCCCUCUGUACUUCUAACAGAAUAAUACACUUUGAAAACCACCACUUAGCUGUGAAUAUGUUCACCCUCUAAAAAAAUAUGGAAAAAAUGAGAUUGAUGGAGCAGCUGUAAAAGGGAGUAAAUCUGUUGUUGGCAGCUGGCAUAGCUGCUGGAAUGAUGCUGUCAUUUUAGGAUAGGCCACACCUUGUCUAAUAAGACAUUCUUGUUCUACUAGUUUGGAAAUACCUGCAGUGUAUACUUAAUGUAGUUUCAACAUACAGAAUCCUAGGUGAAGAAGCUGGGAAAGCCCUGCUAUGGCAUGCUUAGUUUGGCUCAGGAUUAUUCUAUGUUUAAGUCAGAGAAAUACCUUGUGAGACUUGAGAUGUAAUUUGGCUACUUUAAGAGAGUUCACUUGGGGCAGAAGAAUAUCACUUGCAACAGAUACAUAGCUAAUAUUUUGGACAUACUCUUUUACAUGUAUAUCAUUUAUAUAGAAAGAGGCUUACCUGUCUUCCAGAGUUUUUUACAUAGUUUUUGAAGGUAAAAAUUACACCCUGGCACAGUUUUUCCUCCAGAUUUAUUUUUUAACUAACAGCGAAAGGAACCCGAAGCCUUUGGAGUGCAGCGCGAGUUCCCGCUGCGCUCCACAGGCUUCAGGUGGCUAUCCCUGAAGCCUUUGGAGCACAGCGGGAACUCGCGGUGCGCUCCAAAGGCUUCGGGUUCCUUUCACUGAAGCCAGGAGAGCAAGACUCCCCUGGCUUCAGCAGAGAGGGAGAGCUGCGCAGCGCCCCUUCAGCGAAGCAGGAGGAGAAAUGGAAGGGGCUUCGUUUCUCCUGCCACUUCGCUGAAAGGCUGCUGAGCAGAGAGGGGGAGAAUUUUUUUUUCUUGUUCUCCCCCUCUAAAACAAGGUGCGUCCUAUGGUCGGGUGCGUCCUAUGGAGCGAAAAAUAUGGUGUAUACUGUGCUGCAAAAUAAAUUUUAAAACUCUCUAAGAAGAUUAAAUAAUAUAAAAUAGUCAUAGGAAAAUACCCAUAAAAUCAAACUUAAAAACAAGUAUACAUAAUAAAAUAUAGCUAAAAUCAAGUCACAACAAAUGUAUAUAAUAAAAAUACAUGUUUUCAUUUGAUUGCGUGAGCAGAACUUUAGCAGCCAUUAAGAAAGGUGCAAUGAAUGCGCCUUCCUAAUAUUAAAAGUUCCAGAGAGCAGGUUCUUCACACUAAAGGAUAGAUUCCUCAAAAGGCAAAAUGAGUAUUAUGUGGUACGUAUAAAAGCACUAGUUCCAUAGAUUAAAAUGGUCAAGCGAUUGGGCAAGGUGAUCCUUCAAGUAAACUGAUCCCAAGUUUUUGACGACUUUAUAACCUAACACCUUGAAUUUGGCCCAGUAACAAAUGGGAAGCUACUGCAGGUCUCACUCCUGUUAGCAAUUUGGUUCAGCAUUCUGUGCUAACUGCAGGUUUUGGACCAACCAGAGGGGAAGCCAGUGCCUGGACUAUUGUAGUCAAACUGUCUUUGUCCAGGAAGGACCGUGGCUUAUGUAUGAGUCGAAGCUGAUAAAAGGUGCUCCUAGUUACUGGGGCCACCUCCAAUGACAAAGCUGGAUUCAUAAGCCAUCCCAAAAUGCAUACUUGCUCCUUCAGGUGGAUGUAAACUGAACAAUUUCUUGGAUGCAGGAACCAUUCACUCACCGUGUCUUAGUCUUGUCAGGAUUCAAGCUCAGUUAAUAUCCUUCAUUCCUCUCACCACUCUAUCCAGGCAUUGUGUUAUCCAGAGCCCUCAUGGCCUCUUCUGAUUCACAUGUUACAACGAAAUAGUGUGUAAUCAGCAUACUAAUGCCCCAAAUUUCCUGGUGUCUGCUCCCAACAUUGGGGAUAAAAUAAUGCCCUGCAGCACCCCCAUAGCAUAACUGCCAGAGGGUCAGAAAGCACUCUCCCAAUGCUAUUCACUGAAUUGUGCCACAUAGGAAAGACUGGAGCCACUGCAACACAGUUCCCGCAAUUCCUAUCCCGUUAAGCCAGGCCAAGGGGAUACCAUGGUUGACGAUAAGCAGGAGCAAGGUUGUAAUCCCCUUGUCCCGCUGUCAACACUGGCCAUCCUUCAAUGCAACCAAGGGCAGCUUUGUCCCAUGGCCAGGUCUGAGCCCAGAUUGGAAUGGGUGUAGAUUUCAUCCAAGAAUGCCUGCAGUUGCCUUUCCAUAACCAUCUCUACUUUCCAGAAUGGGGAAUAUUUGUAGUUGAUCCAAAAAUCAGCUUCAAGGAGUGGCCAUACCACCACAUUUUUCAAGGUGUAUGCAACAACCGGUUACACAGUGAAUUCUUACUCGUGGUUCAGAUGCAGUCAUGCUAGCUUGGGACAGGGAACAAGAAGACGUAUGGUCUGGUGUAGCCCUGCAAGCAGCUUGUCAACACCAUUAUUAAUAUUUUUUAUUUAUUGAAUGUGUACACUGCCUUUCAUCCAAAGAUCACAGAGCAGUUCACAAAAAAAUACAAAAUGAGAACAUAAAAUACACAAUAAAACAAAAUCAAACCAAUAACCCCCCUACAAACACGAUGCCCUGUUAGGAGACACUCUGUCCUAACUAGCACUGUCAUUUUUAAAGGCAGCCCCACAAAAUCUAGCUCUUGCCAAGAUAAUCUGCAGUUUAUUUUUAUCGUCAAAGUGCACACCCAGUUGAUCACAACAAGGUCCUUAAGACUGGUUUUGGUUUGGGGACAUUUUACUACUCUAAUAGCCAUUGGAAUAUAGGUUGGUAGAAAAUAAUAUUUUGGUUAAGAUUUUUAUAGGCCUGGGUUAGUGUUAAUGGCUUUAUCAAUGCUUCAAGCAGCAGUCAUGUGGAUCUGACUGACCUUGCUUCUGCAAGUCUGUGAGGCAGAAAAUCAAUUACCAUAAUAUCCAGUUAAAACACCUUCCCAAGAUCUUGCUUUUGGCAUAAUGUUAUAUAUUCUAGCAUUUCCAAGACCAGUUACCACCUGGGCUGCUGCCUUCUACUUUAUUUAAAUGUUUUACAAUUUUAUUUUAAGCUAAGAGGUGCAUCUUUCAACCUUUUAAUUGCAUGUGUUUACCUAGGAUUAAAGUCUGCUGAAUUUCUUCUAUGUCUUUUAGCCCUAUGUCCAUGUACACACCAUUGUUUUCUUCUAUGAUCUGAUUGUUUUACGGAGAAAAGCCUAAAUUAAUAGCGGUAGUUUGACUUUUCCACUCAAAUGCAACAAGGAAGAUAUGUGAUGUGAUUCUGAAAUUCAAUGCUUGUGUAUAGAGUUAGAACAUGCAUUCUAGCAACGAGUCUUGCAUUUCUACAUUUUGUAAUGUAAAAUGUCAAAAAUUAAACUGUUUAUAUUCUCUGUUUUGUUUUUAAGUGGAAAAAUUCACCUCUACAGUGAUAGAUGUAUGCAAAAGUGGCAGUGUGUGUGUGUGUGUGUGUGUGUGUACACACUUCAUUCCUGAUUUGGGUAUGCAAGGAUUGAUAGCAAAUUGUCACAUGGAUCAUUUCUUAGAUGUAGCAAUGGGAAAGAAGAAUUUAUUUGGAAGACAAAUCGACUAAGAAAAUUAAAUGAAUGGAAAUGAAAAGUAUGAUUUGUGCACAUAUUUGUGCAGAAUCUAGUGUUAUGUGAGAGGAUUUACUCUAGUGCAAUUAAAUGUCUCUUUUCUCUUCACACACCUCCAAACAUUCCUCCCACAAUCCUUAUAUAUCCUUCAGAGGGUGUCCAAAGGUAGCUUUGCCUAGCUUGAUUCCAACCUAGUAUCCUGGCUCAAAGGCAAAAAUGUAGAGGAAGAGUUCAUCAAGGAUGAUGAAAGAGCUCAUGCAAUUGAAUUACCGUAUUCUCUAGCAUAAACAUAAAUUUCUGAUUCCACAACCUGGUAUUUCUGAUUGGUAUUUCUGCCAUAUGGUUUUUUUCUUCUUAAGGAGAAGAAAAUAUAAAAUGUAAGUGUUGGCAAAGGACUGCCAAACACUGAUAGAUAAGGAGCUGAAUUCUUUGCUUUGGAGUUUGAGGACCCUUAACUACUUGACCCAACAGCUGCUGAUGCCAUCUUAUUUCUUCUUCUCCAUAGGUUUUUACUCCAGUCCCUGGAAGAUUUGGAUAACAGUUUACGAAAACUCAACUCUCGCUUGUUUGUAGUAAGAGGGCAGCCUACUGAUGUUUUCCCAAGACUCUUUAAGGUAAGAAAAUUUCUCUGUGUGAAAAGCUUUUAAAGCAGGCUUCCUCAAACUCGGCCCUCCAGAUGUUUUUGGCCUACAACUCCCAUGAUCCCUAGCUAGCAGGACCAGUGGUCAGGGAUGAUGGGAAUUGUAGUCUCAAAACAUCUGGAGGGCCAAGUUUGAGGAAGCCUAUUUUAAAGGAAAGUGAAUUUUCCUGUAAAUUAGGUUUGUAUUAAAUGGAGCACUAAGGUGAGUGUUAUGUUGACACAUGGAUUUCUCCUUGUGUGACAGAAUGUUCUCCUACACACUCCCUAAAUCUGUUCUGGGGGUACCACCAACUCUCCAGAGCAAAGCUGGGGGUGGGGGGGAGGAGGGAAUCUGCUUGCACUACUCUUAAUCCUGGAGCUACCUCAAAAAGUUGAAUACCACCCUAAAAUCCCAUGCCUCAUUCAGCUGCUUCUGACUAACAUUGAUAUUUACAUUGAUUGUAGCCAGGCAAAAACAUUUAAGGAGGGUUGAAAUCAGGGCUUAUGAGGGGUGUGCCCUAGGGAGAGCCUUGGGGGCCAGAUAGAAGGGCCUGGAGGGCCACUUUGGCCUCUGGAUGAUGUAUAAAUGUUUGAAAGUGAUGGGAGAGCAUGCAGCUGCUGUGCCUUCCAUUCCUCCACUGAUCACAUCUCUGGUGCCUAUUUUAGCAAGCAGGGUUCUAGUUUUGCCACAUAAGAAACUAGACAGGGUGGGGGAACAGGGCACAACAUCUGCAUCUUUUGCUUUCUCAGUACUUUUCAAAUUGUCAGUUGGAAAUCUGCAUCAAAACUACAACUAUUUCUACCCUGAUUGUGGCUGCUUAACCUAAUUCAUUGAUAUCUUAACACCUUAUCCCUAGGGGCUUAUUCAAGGAACUGAAGUAACUUUUUUGAGGGCUUAUGCCAUUUCUGUGGUUGUAAAUUUUAUGUGGAGCAGAAAGUAUCCAUCUUUUGUCUACUGGUCAUGCUGAAAUGCAGUGAAAUUCUGUUCUUAAGUUGUAUAUGUAUAUAGCGGCAUAGCAUGAUGAAUGGGAAAGAUCAUGCAGAAUUUUGCAUGCAGAAUAGAGAAACCUUGCUUUUUUCAAGUUAAGGAUUUACAUGUUAACUUUUAUCUCAAAUGGUUGUGUAAAGCAAAUACGUGUUGGACUCAAUUCCAAAUAGUCUGUGCGCCUGUUUGCCAAAGUUUCCACCUUAUGCUUUUAUCUUGAUUGUACCUAGAUCUUGAUUUGUGUGAAGCAGAGUUUUCUGCAUCAUACACACUUCCCUUUGUCAUAUUUUUAGGAUGCUUGCUGUGGCGACCAAUUACAUCUAACACAUUUUGUCAGAGAAAAAAGGCCAUGUUUUUGAAGAGCGAGAUGCUGCAAAAAGCUGUAGCUAAGGUUCUAAAGAUGCUUGAAUUCUUUAUAUUGUCCUUUCCAGUGCAUUGACCAUUCAGCUUACGAUUUAUUCAUGAUCUAUCUAGUAACAUUCAACUUUCAUGUUUAAAAAACUGGUCUUAUGAAUAGACUGAAGGGGCUGCACCACACUCUGGGUAGAAAUUCUUGUACUUCUGUCUGUUCUGGGAUGUUUGCUGGGUGCUUCUUCCAAUAAUUUUCUAGGUUGUCUGUAUAUUUGCAGGGCCGUGGGUCAUAUCCAGUGCUGCAGCUCCUUUUGCAGAACAGCUUCCUCUUCCUUUUCCUCCCCACUCCAGCUCAUACUUGCCCUCAAAAGGAGGGAAGAAAGGGAACAGAAGUCUUGUUACACCAGCUGAACUACACAUGCAGAGCAUUAGAUGCAACACAAGCUUCUCAAGAACUUAAUCUGUCCAGUUGGGGGCCUACAAUAUCAGAAUGGGGGCUCUUGUAGCCUCUUGAUCCUUCUUUUAUCUCUAAAUUGUAGUGUGGCCACUGUAAUUAGAUGUAGAACUUUACAUAUCUUGUAGGCAAUUUUUUUUCAAAAUGAUGGUGACUUUAAUUUGGCUGACUAGAAUGGGGGUUGCCAACCCAGCACAUGCAAACACUUUCAUUGGUGCCCCUGGCAGGUUCCUCAGGCUCUGAGUUUUCAUUUUAAAAAUAAGUGAGUCUCUGGCUCUCCUAGAAAGAAAGGCAUGGGGCAUGUGAAAUGAAAGUGAGUGUGAUGUGACUACCUUGCAUAUUUUUCCUGGUACUGAGGGGUACUACCUGUUGUUGUUAGACAGCAACACCAUCAGCGUGUAUCUGUGUGUGUAUAUAUAAUCAGUAUUGUGUGAUUUCCACAAUCAGUACAUAGCUGACUUCCUAUGGUAAGCAUAAGGUUGUCAGGGAUGGUUAUCUCUCAAAUUUUGUGUUAUGCCACACUUUCCAUGGAAGCCAUUUUGUGACUGGCACCCCAGCACUCUCCCAAAAUUUGGUAUAUGAAAAUGUAUAUUAAAAUGUGAGGUCCUCAAUUUCUUGUUAGAUUCUGUGAAGCUGUCAUUAUAUCCUCUGACUAGUUUUUCUUGGCCUGAAACCUGUUCUCCUUUUCACUGGUGGAAUCUUCUGCGUGCGAAGCAUAGGCUUUCCCUUGUGGUGUUUUCUAUGGUUGAUGCAAGGUCCUAUAUUGUGUUACUAGAUUGGUCAUAGAUGGCGUUCAAUAUGCAAGUACAGUUGUACCUUGGUUAUCGAACGGAAUCCGUUCCAGAAGUCCAUUCAACUUCCGAAAACAUUCGACAACCAAGGCGCGGCUUCCAAUUGGCUGCAGGAGCUUCCUGCACUCAAGCUGACGCCGUAGAAGCCGCGUCGGACGUUCAGGUUCCAAAGAACACUCAGUUCCGGGUUUGCGGCAUUCGGGAGCCAAAACGUUGGAGUCUCAAGGUGUUUGAAGCCAAGGUACGACUGUACUGUGGUUUCACAAUUUGAUACAUAAUACAUAUUAUUAACAUGAACAUGCAACUGGGAGCUGCAACCAUGUUGCAGUGUUUCAUUAUCCCAUAAAGGGAGUGUUCUGGUUCAGGUGUCUAGUUACCCUAGAAAAGGUGGCUUAUAGUGCUGUUUGAGAUACACAGAGGCAGACUGGAAUUAUUUAAAUAAUGAUUUGAACUGGCAAGAAAAAAGGUCAAUUUAAUCAAGUUUCUCGUUACUAUGAUUGUAAUUAAACAAUGUUGUGUGUCCUGAUCUUUGUACAUACGUAUACAGAGAGGCACACAAACACACACUCACACACCAAAAAGUCAGCAGCAAACCAAAGAGUUCCUAUUUUUGAUAUUCAGUUGAGGAUAGCAAGGGAAGUGACCUGAAAGUAGACACUAAGAAACUACUCUUAAAAAGCAAAGUUUUUUAAUGCAUUGUGAGAACAGCUGUUGUUAGUGGAUUAUCUUUUGUUUGUAUGCGUUAAUGCUUAUUGUUUAAAAUGCGAUCCUUUCCCUAAAUUUGUCUUUGGAUUUCAGCCUACCUUUAAAAUGUUAGUUCUCAGACUUCUAUGGUGAGCUAAGAUUGGCUUUUCAUAUUUGUAGUGGGGUAAUAUUGUGUGGUUUCUUGCAGGAAUGGGGAGUGACACGUCUUACCUUUGAAUAUGACUCUGAGCCCUUUGGAAAAGAGAGAGAUGCAGCUAUAGUGAAGCUGGCUAAAGAAGCUGGAGUAUCAGUGAUAAUGGAGAACUCGCAUACCCUUUACGAUCUGGACAGGUAAGAUAUAGAUCUGCUUAAGGAGAUGCUAAGGUAUUAUGAUAUCUGAGGAAAAAUAAAACACAUCUGGUGAUUAGGUGGGAGAGAAUAUUUAGGAUUUCUUAAGUGAUCAGAGUUUCAGUUCAUCCUGUUGUGGUACUAUUAUAGGAUUAAAAGGUCUCAAGUUCCAUACUGAAUUCCACCUUUUGGUGUGGGAAUUGAGAAAAGAAGCAGCUGAUCCAGAGUUUAUAAAUUAUGAGCUAAUUAUAUUGCUACUACUGCAAAGUGCUAUGGAAUAAGAUCAUUAUUGCUGCAGGUUUGCAAUCUACUGAAGACAAAAACGUUAGGGAACAGAUUCAGCUAACAAAUCCCACUAGCAGAAGCGAGGGCUUCUGCUAGCACAACAGGGCUUUUCUCCCCUUGCCUCCCCACAAUUGGGUUUCCAGAAGAACCCAUAGAACAGUACAUGGAGGGGAUUGUUCCACGUUGCAAGCUGAAAUGCUUUCAGUGAUGGAAUGAUUGCCAUAGCACAACUUUGAAUUCUUCCCUAGGGAAGAGGCUGAAGGUAUACUUUGAAUGGUGAGACUAGGAGAAGAUGCAUGGGAUAUGUAUGCAUUCUGUCACUGGGACAAAGAGACUGUGAAACUGGUUGUAUGAGACUGUUCAGUCCUUCAUUCACUAUUGCUCUGGGUUUGUUCUUAAAUGAAACAUGAUUCAUUCUCUCACGCACCUGUAUUCUCGUGGCAAGGCAGCAGCACUUAACAUAAAUAUUGUGGUCACAGUUGUACAGGUUUGUAUAUAGGUGUUACGCUGCAUUGUAUUGUUUAAGUGUGCAAAUAUGUUAAGUUAGUAAUUUCAAAUUUAAAUUAAAACGGGAGUAUCUUUGGUGUGGCACAUCCUGUCUUAUUAUGAUGGUAACUUAGAACCUGACAUGCCCUUUACCCAGUCAGGUUCAGUUUUGUCAAUGUCUUUCAGAGUCUGUACAGCUUUGUAAUUCUUGAGAGGGGAAGCUAUUCAUUCUGCAGAUGGAAUUUCAUGCAGUGCUUGCCCAUUAAUCAUUAUGCACAAUCUACAUGUGGAAUUCCAUGUCCUGUUCUUCCAACUGUUCUAUCCGUGCAAACAUUGCAGCUUACCAAAUGAGACCCCACCCCCUUUCUCUCAUGUGCUGUUGUGGAGGUUGUUCUAGCUCCCCGAUUGGGGAUAGGGAGAGGAGUGGGGAAAGCCCUGUUGCAUGAGUGGAAGUCCAUGUACAAGACCUCUGAUAGGGCUGGUUUUAUUUAAAGGUUUUGUCCAUGUUUCAGAAAAUGCUUUUUCCUGGCCCUGCCUGUACACUGCUACCAUUUCUGAGCAUUUUAAUUUUUAGAAUUCUUUAGAAACUUUAUAUUCUUCUCCUUUGUGUCAUGCAUGUACUUAUCUACUUGCUGUAUUUUUAAGUGCAAAAUAGCAGCAGAGCUCUACCAUACUGGUGCCUUGACAUUAGGUGUCUUUUAGAGGCUAUGUUCUUUGGAGGCCCAUCUCUAGCCACUGUAUUUUAAAAGGAAUAAUCUCAGGAAGCCACAUUUGCUCUCUCCUCCUUCAUGACACCCCCCCCCCCGCCCCACUUAGAAGCAUGCUAGGCAUACUGCUACUUGGGAUCUACAUAGUCAGAGCACUCCCCUCACCACAGUCUUGUGGCUGAUGGACUGCCUGGUAUUAGAAAAAUCUGAAAAGCUGGGGCAGUAGUUAAUUACCAUAUUAGCAAAUGUGCUAGUUUUCCUGGUUUUAUGUUAUUUCAUUCAGAGUGGCUGGGUUUGGAUAUAAUGAUAAGCUGGCUUUUAUUAUAAAGGAAAUGGGACUAGGCAAGCCUUGGGCUUGCAUUUCCUUGCAACCACACCAGAGUGGUAGUGUUGGAAGGGACAUGUUAAGACCAAAGCUCACCAAGAUUCUUUCCAAAGAUGAAAAAUUAUGGUUAUUGUUAUGCCCCUCCCCCAACACUUGGGAUUUCCCCCUCCCAUCCAGUAUUAGUUCAGUGUUGUGUUUCAGGCAGUAAACAUUUUACAUCAAUUCAGUGUUAGGUAAUUUCAGUUCAGUUUUUUAGGAAUUAAAUUUUAGUGUGGAUAUGUGUGUAUUUGCAGUAUUGUUGUUAGACUUUAAAUAUUAGUAUGCUAUAUGCCUAUGCUGUGUAUGAAUUGGACAGUGGCUUGAACUGUUUUGUAGCUUGAAUUGUUUGUGGAGAAAGUAGCCAAAAUAAUUCCGCAAUCACAGGAUGUUUACAUUUUUAAAGUAUUUAAACUGCUUCCUAGUUUACUGCUGUUAGAAAGAGCCUAUUUCCUUUAGAAUCUAGACAUUUUAUUCUUGGUAGACUGAAGGGUCUGAAAUAUAGGGCUGACUGAGAUGCCCUCAGCAAAUUCUGCAACCUGGUAUAUUACUCAGAAUUGUAACGUCUAGUCAUUACCAAACAUUCAGAUACAAUCGGGGAACUUCCUGUAAUUAAUGAGGAUGAGUGAGCUUAUUUCAUCUGUUGCUGAGAAGCUGCUUAAAAUGCUUAUAAAAGGGCGUAAAAAUAUAAUUUCCCCCACUAUUUAAAUGCAGAAUUUCUAUUGAUGGGGAAAUAAUUGCUUAUAAGGGCAGAAAGCUAAUGGUGGAGGAAGAAAAACAUUUAUAUGAACUACAGAGUUUGACCGUUUUGGAAAGGGGGAAAUCAUAUGUUGUUGUAUGGCCCUCACUUUCUGUCUUUUAAUGCUAAAAAGGUCAAAUUUUCCUAACUAUUUCUUCUCUAAAGAGCAUAUUUAAUUUUAGAGCUCUAUUUCAAUUUAAAACUUAUUUGCUGUUCUUCACUCAUUCAUCCUCACACAACAUGUGAAAAUAAGACAUUCACAUCUCUAUAGUUAAGCUGGGGGAACUUGAGCUGGAGAGUUAUGCCCAAGUUCUGCUAUUGAGCAUGGCUGAGCCAGGGGGGUUGAUCUUCUGUGUUCCUCCUGACAGCUGGACUAUGCUGACUCAGUAUUUGAUCCUGUUGCGCUGACCCAGUCAAUUUUUGGAACCCUCACACUUACUCUUCACUCUUGGCUUUCUAGUUCACACAGUUUCGUUUGCACAGUUCCUUUUGCUUCAAUACGUAAGAGGGGAUUAGUUUGUUGCUUGGAUUCAAUAGGUAGAGAUAUCGUAAGGCAAGGAGCUGCCUUCCGUUUUGCGGCUGUUGUGCAUUGUUGGGAAGCUAGGUCACGGAGCCAUGCAUGUGAGUGUAGCUCUGUAAAAGCCUGGGUGGUGUGGAGCUCCUCCCCUUUACACGUGCAGAUGCCAGGGGAAAGGCAGGCACAUGGCUUAUGCUGAAACAUUAGAUGAAAGCCCAACCCUUUUGCGUAAGUUGUUGACUGGGAGGACGUGGCUGCUGCUCUUGUAACUCCUAGUACACAAGCUGAGCAGGAAGCUGCUUUGGCUUUAUAUAAGCUAGCAACUUGGCUCUCUCACUGCCUCUUUAACUCUUCCCAUUCUGGCUUUUGAGAGUCUUUAGUUAUUUCUGUUCUAGAGGCUUUGUUUCACCAGAGAAAAGAUCUGUUGCUUCAGGAUCUUCUUAGCUAGGUGUUAACUUCUUUAAUACAGAGGGUUCCCUUUUAGAAUUAUACAGUAUAAAGCAACUAAAUGAAUGCAGAUCGCUUCUGUGUUCAAGCAUAGCCUGGUGGGUGCCUGGAUCAGAGGCUGUCUGAACAGCAUGCUCAGGGUGUUGUAUGACUUUCAGGAAACCAUUCUGUUUUUCUGGGAAACUUAAAGCAUCUUCAUCUGCAUUUCACACCCUGCAGAGGCAUUUUGGGUUCAUCUUUAAGUUACAUUGGUGGCAUGACUGACGCUGAGAGCAUAAACAAUGUGGACUCCUAACCCACAUAUGAAAUCAUUAUUUUAGUGGUGGUGAUCUCUGCACAGUGUUUAGGCAUUCGUGUCUGGACAUGCAAGUGGACUGAAUGGGGCCAGUAAGCUGAAGCUGAAUCCUAGCAAGACAGACAUACCGUAUGCAAGUGAUUUCAGUGUCUGGGAGAUAGGUCAAUUACCUGGCAGGAUUGUGCUCACUUUGAAGAAGCAGGUUCAUAGUCUGGGGAUAUUCCUGGAUCCAUCAUCAUCACUUGAAACCCAGGUGUCCUCAGCGACCAACUUUGCCUUGUUAAACAGAUGCAACUGUUCUAGGGGCAGAAUAACUUGACCAAAGUCAGUCUUGUGUUGGUAACCUCAAGCCUUGAUUACUGUCUGGGUCUGCAUUCUGGCUUGGUCCAGAAGUUGCAGUUGGUGCAGAGAAUGACACCUAGCCUGUUAACUGGAGUGACCUAUUGGCAAUACAAUAGCACCUGUGCACUGGGAUCUGCACUGCCUGCCAAUAUGUUACUGAACAGAUUCAAUGUUUUAGUUUUCUUUUUUAAAUCCUUUAACAACAAUUGACCAAGAUACCUGAGAAGUCUCCUUACCCCCUGAAUACUGGUGCAGUCAUCAGGGGACUGCUUCUGGUAGGGUUGCACAUUCCCAAGGUCUGUUUUCUGGUGACAUGGAGCAGGGUUUUUAGCGUAGCAGCCCCAUGGUUGGGUAUUGAGCUGCUGCUGCCCCUUUUGGGAUUUUGGCACCUGUUAAGGCAUUUUUUAUCCCACCAGACUUUCCCAGAAGGAUAAUUCUAGUCUGCCAACUGUUAAUUUAGGAACAGUAUGAUUUUAUAGAUUAUUAUUAGUGUAUUUAUUUUGGUCUGGUACAUUGCUCUUGUAGUGGGGUGGGGCUUCCAGGCCAUAGAUGUCAUGAAGAAGAAUACUGAAGAAUACUUAGAAUCAUAGAAUUGUAGAGUUACAAAGUACCCUGAGGGUCAUCUAGUCCAGCUCCCUGCAAUGCAGGAUUCUCAACUAAAGCAAUCAUGAUAGAUGGCCAUCCAACCUCUACUUAAAAACCUCCUGUGAAGGAGAGCCCACAAUCUCCGGAGUUCGUUCCGCUGUCAAACAGCUAUUACUGUCAGAAAGUUUUUCUGAAUGUUUAGUCGGAAUCUUCUUUCUUGUAACUUGAAGCCAUUGGCUUGUGUUCUAUCUUCCAGAGCAGGAGAAAACAAGCUUACUCCCUCUUCAAUGUGACUUUCCUUUAGAUAUGGGAAGAUGGCUCUCAUAUCUCCUCUCAGGCUUCUCUUAUCCCGGCUAAACAUACCCAACUUCCUCAACCGUUCCCAAUAAAGCUUGGUUUCCAGACCCUUCAGCUUCUUGGUCGCCCCCCUCUGCACACAUUCCAACUUGUCAGUACCCUUCUUAGAUUCUGGUGCCCAGAAGUGGACACAGUACUCCAGGUGCGGCCUGACCAAGGUCAACUAGAGUGAUAUUAUUACUUCCUUUGACCCUGGACACUAGACUUCUGUUGCUGCAGCCUAGAAUAGCAUUAGCUUUUUUUGCUGCUGCAUCACUGUUGACUCAUGUUAAGCUUAUGGUCUACUAAGACCCCUAGAUCCUUUUCACAUGUUCCCCAUCUUAUAUUUGUGCAGCUAGUUCUGCCUGCCUAAGUGUAGAACCUUACAUUUGCCCCUAUUGAAAUUCAUUUUGUUAGUUUUGGCCCAGUUCUACAAUCUCUUAAGGUCAUCCCAAUUCUGUCUUCUGUGGCAUUAGCUACUUGUUAGUGGCAAAAGCUGGAAAUGUGAGAGAAUAGGAUUGCAGUGUCUGUUUUGUGAGUUUUAGCCCUGCCACAAAAUAUCUGAAGGAGUGACUGAUCCUAAAUGUAUUGAGGGAAAUGCUACUUCCCUACACAACUUAUGGCAGCAAAACUUUUAAAACUACUUCUUUCUCCAAUCUGCAGGAUAAUUGAAUUGAAUGGGCAUAAACCUCCUCUGACGUACAAGCGUUUCCAAGCCAUCAUUAGUCGCAUGGAUCUGCCCAAGAAGCCAGUUGCCACAGUUACAAAUCAACAGAUGGAGAUAUGCAGGACUGAGAUCCAAGAAAAUCAUGACGAAACUUAUGGCGUUCCAUCCCUGGAGGAGCUGGGUACGUUGCAGAACUGCAGGACAGCUACACCAGCUUUCAAUGGGCUUGGAACAGAUGGACUGUAGUACUCUUCUUGCCUGGCCUGUUCUGGUUCUGUCUUUAGAAACAAAUUUGAGAUUAUCAGUUCACCUUGGGAAAACCAAUGGAUUAGCUGUGGAUACUAUGGGUACUAUACCUUGUGUUGGGUCAUUAUGAUUAUUUUUUACUGUAAGAAAUUACUAAUUCCAGGCUGGUAAUUGAAAUAAUUUAUAUAUUGAAAAUUGUGUGUCUAGAAAAUAGAACAUAGUCUUUCUUCUGUCCAUGCUUUGUACCUUGGUUCCAUACUAGUCCCCUAAUAUUGUUCCUAACCCAACUAUGUCAGUCAUUUCUUUAUGAGCAGGCAGAAAUCAGAUUGUUAAUCUUUAACACACUAGAUUGGACUGAAAAUUUUGUUGCUAAGCAGGUUGUUUAAAUUUAGAAAUGAACAAGUGGAAACAACUCCAUUAUAUCAGCUCUAUGGAAGUGCUCCAAGCUACAUGGCUGUUGUUUUAUUGAAUUUUCUACACACUCUCUCUCUUCCCACCCCCCUCCAUUUCAGUUUGAGGGUUGGUUUUCAAGGGUUAUAAUCAAUAGUUUUGCAGAAAAAUAAGUACUUAUGUUUUCCUAGGUUUUAUAGCAUAUGCUGCAGGGGUGUGUACCUUAUGAAAACCUUUAUUCAAAGGUGCCCUCUGCUGGUUGUCAGUGGUCAUUUCAUGUUGUAUAGUGCAGAACACAUUUAGUUAAUACACUGCACAAGAUUGAAUUAAAGCCAUAUCUGUUGACUGAGUUCUAUAUUAACACCCUCUUCCAUUCUCUUUCAGGCUUCCCCACUGAGGGUCUUGCUCCAGCUGUUUGGCAAGGAGGAGAGACUGAAGCAUUAACUCGUCUGGAUAAGCACCUGGAAAGAAAGGUAACCUUAUAAUCUGUAUUGCAAAAUAAUGCAUCAGGGAAGGAAGGGUACCCUUUGCUGUGCUAUUACCAGUGUAUUAGGUGAAUCUAGAAAAACCAAUCUCUUUGCUGCUCUGGUGUCUGAGACGUGUUGCAAGCCAAAGGUUGUCUUAGUUUCUAAUGCUUUCACCCUGCUGAAACUAAUAAUGAAAUACCAAAUCAUUUCAUACUUUCUUGCCUUAAUCUAGAUCUUACAUGUUCUUUUCUUACUCUUGUAAAUGCAUACACAUUUUAUAUCCCAGUAUUGUUGUCUGGUGUGCACCAAUGAACUGUGAUUGAAAUAAAGUCAAGUUUGUGUACAGUCCACUUACAUUUUCCUUUUUUUAAUAUUAGCCUAUUAUAUACUUCAGUUUCUGACACACUGGUGUGGUGUCUGGUAUAUUGACCUAUAUCCCUUGUUUUCUUUGGUAGUGAUUAAUUGUACUGGAAGAAAGCCAGCCUUAAUGGACACUCUUAGUGGUGAAUUCCCUUAACUAGUAACAGUCAGAGUUUGAAAGUUAGGAAAAUAAAGUGUGGUACACAUGACACUGGCAAGUCAUGACAAGAUGUGCCUCCCUGUUCUCCCCGUGCAAAGAAAAAAACAAUUUGAAGGUCCCUGCAACUGAUAGAUUGUUAGUAGCAUCAAAUAACACUUGUUUAUAGAAUUUCACAGAAGGCUGUUUUAAGGUCCAUGACUGUUUUCUUUUCUCCCUUUACCUGAAUCCUUCAAGGCAUGGGUUGCGAAUUACGAGAGGCCAAGGAUGAAUGCCAAUUCACUGUUGGCCAGUCCCACAGGGCUCAGCCCCUACCUUCGGUUUGGGUGCUUGUCUUGCCGCUUAUUCUACUACCGGCUCUGGGAACUAUACAGAAAGGUAAGAAUCAGAAAGAAUCUUCCUUCAACAAGGUAUCUUAAGUCCGGGAAUCAAAAUGAAUCUGAGCAUUUAGUGAGAUGUUAAUUCUCUUCAUGUCUCUAGUAGACCUUAUAUCUGUAAUCAUUUCCAACAUCUUGACGUAGUCAUUGAAAUGUAUUAAUUUGCAUUUCAACCUCCUAGGUGUCUGCACUUCCCAGGGAAUAUUGGAAUAUUAUAAAUUUGUUUAUACUGCCUUACAUGCAUAUUCCAAGGGCAUCUUACAAAGGAACAGACAAAAUUAUAAAAACAGCAUAGGUCAGGAGAUUAUAAUUGCAUCUAAAAAGGUGUUUGCUUGGUGGCAAAAGGGCAAUCAAGUGCGUGCCACCUGAAUCCUUCUGUAGAGAGAAAACCACAAUCAAAAUGAUAAGGUGAUGGAGCAACUCCCCUGUGAGGAAAGGUUACAGCAUUUGGAGGAAGAGGUUGCUGGAUUAGAUAGCUAUUGGCCAGGUCCAACAGGCUCUUCUUAUAAGAGUAUUCCACAGCCCGGAUGUCAUCACUAAGAAAACCUCUCUGCUGUUUUAUAGCUGGGACUGAUUACAAAGGAAUAACACAUUGCUUGAGUUACAUUUUUCUGAACAUAUUUUCAGUAGAUGGUUCCCUCACACUGGCUGCCUUAAUUUUGCCCUUUUAAGGCCUUUCUGUGGAUUUUGUAUACAAGCAAAGUUUAAAGCAAAUAUUCUGACCUUAGGUAAUUAUUUUUAGUAAAGGUAUGCUUGGGAACAGGUGUUUUAAAAGCUUACUGCCUUGAUCUCGUAGUAGAAAUUUACUGAAGCUAUAACCCUAAUUAGAGUGCAGAAUCUGUUGGUAUGUCAAAAAACUCUGAUACUAUCUUAUUGGUAUAUGUCUCUUUCUUCCUGUCAUCUCUAGGUGAAGCGGAAUAGCACUCCACCAUUGUCGUUAUAUGGCCAGUUACUCUGGAGAGAAUUUUUUUAUACAGCUGCCACAAACAAUCCCCAAUUUGACCGUAUGGAGGGGAACCCAAUUUGUAUUCAGAUCCCAUGGGACAGGAAUCCUGAAGCCUUGGCAAAGUGGGCAGAAGGCAAGACAGGCUUCCCCUGGAUUGAUGCUAUCAUGACGCAAUUGAGACAGGAGGGUUGGAUUCAUCACCUGGCCCGGCAUGCUGUAGCCUGCUUUCUGACCAGAGGAGACCUUUGGAUCAGCUGGGAGUCAGGCGUAAGGGUCAGUAACAAAGAAAAGAGACAGAAAGUAUAUGUUGGCAGUAAAGAGCUGUGAAACAGCUCUACAGGCAGCACAGCACUACCACAGCUCACUGAAAUGAGCCUCCCAUUCUAAGGAACCUCUUGAAAUGUAAUAUAUGAUAAGCACAUUCUCUUCUUGGGAUCUGUUGGAAAGUCCCUGAAAUGCAGCAUUAUUAUUACCCCACCCAUCUGACUGGGUUGCCCCAGCCACUACUAUAUUAACAUGGUAGUAAUCCUGUUCCAUAAGAGCAAAUACUGGAAACUUUAAGUGACAAUAUCCCAGAAAUCAAAUUCAACUGGACUACCUGACAGUAGCAUAGCUUUGUUUUUUGUUGCCAUUGUGCAUGGAGAACAUAGCAGUGGUAACUUCAAAUAGAAAAAAAUGUGCUUUUCCUGUCUGAGCAGGCAAGCUUCCACAAACUGUAUCUUGCUGGCUAGUUUCUCUUAUUUUUUUCAUUCUCCCAUGGUCUGGGUUCACUGAAUAUUACAAAAUGAUCAGUGAUGUUGUAGGUGAUAGUUGGCUUCACAUCAUCCCUGCCCCCUGUCACUGAGACUUUACUGAAGGACUUUCCUCACUGAGUUCACCCCUCUUUAUUCCAGGUGUUUGAUGAGCUGCUGCUAGAUGCAGAUUUCAGUGUGAAUUCAGGCAGCUGGAUGUGGCUUUCGUGCAGUGCUUUUUUCCAACAGUUCUUCCACUGCUACUGCCCUGUUGGUUUUGGACGUCGAACAGAUCCCAGUGGUGACUUCAUCAGGUGAGCAAAGUGUCCCGUUAUGUCACUGGAGCUUGUCAGUUCAGUCAAGCUGCAGCCGAGGGAGAGAUGGAAACACAAUCAUUCCACUAGCUCUUCUGAGAGACUGGAUACCACUGGUGUUUCCAUUGUGGCUGGUCAUUAGAAUCAUAGAAUUGUAGAGUUGGAAGGGAUCCCAAGGGUCAUCUAUCCAACCCCCUGCAAUGCAGAACUAUUACAUUUUUGUUUUUAGCUUGAUGGUUUUCCUCUUCCCUCCUCAUCCCCUUUUUGUGUGCUGUCUUUUAGUGAUUAUCUUGUUUUUAUUGAUCUUAUGUAAGUUGCUCUCGGAGCCUUUUUGGCUGAAGUGUGAGGACAAUGCUGAAAGUAAGAUGCAGACCUGCCUCCUUUUGUGAUUGGGGCAGUUGAUUGUUUACAGUACUAAGUGAAGGUCUCACUCAAUUUAUGUUGCAGGCGAUAUCUUCCCAAGUUGAAAGGUUUUCCCUCGCGCUACAUCUAUGAGCCAUGGAAUGCUCCUGAGUCGGUGCAGAAGGCAGCAAAAUGUAUCAUUGGGGUAGACUAUCCCAAACCCAUGGUGAACCAUGCAGAGGCCAGCCGAAUGAACAUAGAGCGCAUGAAACAGAUCUACCAGCAGCUCUCACGCUACAGAGGCCUUUGUAAGUACUGAGUACUACAUAAUACAUUUGAGUUUUACUAAACCAUCUAAGCUGAUCAAAUGUCAUCCAGCCUUUACAAGGAAGAAAUGGCUUCUACUAGGUGUUAGGGUUUGUGCUCCUAGCAGACCAUGAAUCGCUCUGUAAGUAGUGUGUAAUGUUUGAAAAACAGGAGACAGAACUUCUUCAGAACUGAAACCAAACACAAAGACACUUGGGGACCCAUUAUAUGUAACACACAUUGGAAUAGAGAGGCAUAAGCAAUGAAGAAUUAAGAUUCUGACUUUAUGCUGUGACCACUGCUCAUCACAAUAUAGCUGUAAGAGAAAACAUAAAACACAACAAUAUAAACCAACUUGCAUGACAAUAAAUAAAAUGCCUACGAUACAGAAUAAAAGAUCCUUCCAGGAAAACAAAGGAUAUCAUUAGUUGGUCACUUUUACAGCUCACAGCUGUAAAGGUAUCUGUAGAUAUCUACUGCAGCAAAGAAGGCCACUCUGAAUAUUAUUAAGCAUACCUGUUUACAGGUAGAACAUAUUUUGUAAGCGGACCAGCCCCUGUGAAGCACAAAUAAGCUAUCUGGAGCUGUUACGAAGGAACCAUAUAAAACGUAAGGCUAAGUAUAUGAUCAGAAUUGUGCAGCAAGUAUUAUAAUAUACCAGUGCUGGGAUCUUGGUUACUCUCCUCAUCAAAUAAUUCUGCCAGCUUGACAGGCUUCCUAUUAUUACUAUUACAUUUAAAUAAAACUGCCCUCUAGCUGUAAACAGAUGGUCUUGUAGCUGAAAAUUAAACUGGAAUGUUAUGAAUUGGAUGCCUUUGGCAACUUAAUGUUUAAGUGGCUUCUAUUGUGAUUAACUGUUAAUUUCCAAAAUAGGAAAUCUUCAUCUCAUGUUUCAUUGGAUUAAUAUGUGGGAUGGGAAUUAGUGGCAGUGAAGUCUAGUGAUUCUGCUCCUGCCUGCAGGACCGUUCCCUGGGAAUGGCUUAGAGUUGCUGUCUGUUGGCCCCCUGACAUUGUGCUGCGCCUUCAGAUGUAUAUACAGACAUGUUCAAAGAAGUUACAUUCAGGAAUCAACAUUGUAGCACAUGUAGAUUCCCUGACACUUUAUAGUAGUCUUUCUUCUUCCCUCAGUAUCUUGGAACCCUGUUGCCUUUGCAAUCAGACAAGCGUCCAAAAUCUUAAUAUUUCUCCACCUGCUGAAAACAUUUCUAGACAAUUAAUUUGAUUCUGUGUUGGUUAGUUGUUUUGUAUUUCAUGAUGUUUUAAUGCUUAUAUUGUAUGUCACCAUGAUGCCCUUUACAGAAGUUGGCAGUUUUGGAGUACUGUACUAGUAUAAAUCAGUAAAUAAUAAAAAGUUGCCUGUUCUUUAAUGGAACCAUUAACUUUUUGCAGGUUUAUUGGCCUCUGUCCCUUCCAGCAUGGAAGACCUCAGCGCCCCCGUCACAGACCCUUCUGCAAGCCAAGGUAGCUGCACAAGUGAGUAGGCAUUAUUUGCAUAUUUUAUGAACCUUUUAAUAGGAACUUGGGAAAUCAUAAAUAACUGUAAGAUUAGUUCCACAAGGAAUGUAGGUGGUGGAGUCUAGUUUAGGAGUUUUGUUUAAGAGUUGAUGUGUGUCUCCUAGAAUUUUUGUAAGACUGAAGUGAAUCAGCAAACAUAUUCUAUUCUGUACCUGAAGCCUGCCUAAGCAUGAGAUGGCUUGAAAGAAAAGCUGGAAUGAACAACUGACAAGAAUCUUCUGAUCCUUACUCUGGUCUGAAGGAGAAAAUAUCAGUACUUGCUUCAGUGCCAAAAUAUGAACUGAAAUCAUGAAGGGAGUCUUUGCAAUAUAAUAAAGGGUCUUUAGCAAUUUUCCCUCUCAGCUGCUGCCUGUAUUUUCCAUCCAGUGUUGCAAAUAGUUUGAUAGUCUAUAAUAUAUGAGUUUCUUGAGAGAAGUGUCCUAGUAAUUCUUCUUUAACAUUUUGUAGUGCCAAGGCAGUCACACUAUGGCCAGACAUCUCCAAAACGGAAGCUUAAUGUUGUAGAAGAACACAAUGAAGAGCUGUACAAACGGGCCAAGGUGAUGCCUGUGCAAAUUUCAAAGAACCUACAACAAGAAAUUGUACAUGUGAGUAGCUAGCAUAUACUUGAAACAUGAGCCCUUUAAGUUACCUACAUUUUUGCUCCAUGACUGCUAUUCAGCCAUCACUACACCUGUCAGUUCAGGACAGGCAUCAGCACCUAGCACCUGGCAUCCACAGCCAGCUGCUGAGGACCCAUGACCCCAGCAGGGCCCACCAUUGAUGCCUGCCCUCAACCUUCCUUUAAGACAAGGUGGUUUUUGAAUUUAGCCUCCCAUUUUAAUUUCUCAUAGCUACCAGAUGCAGUGCUGCUUAAGAGUAUUGCUGUAGUACCCACCACUGCAGUUCCUUGGUGAUCUAUCUUAGGUCACCUUCCAUUUAUCUUAUCCUAAUUAACCCUUCUCUGCCCAAAACCUCUAUGCUGCUGCUUCUGGUCUAGCUCCAUAUUGUCAUUUCCCUAGAUAGCUUUCUGCUACCUUCUCCUAAAAAUGAGCUACUUGUCUGUUGUCUUUUUCUGUCUGUACCCUUUUUUCCUUUUCUCUCCCUCUCGGGAAUGCUUUUGUUCUUCAUUUUCCCUGGGUACAGAACCUUAAAAUCCUUGCAGCUCUCCUGGCCUCUCUUUUAUUUGACCUGCUAUAAAAACUUGAUGUUUCCAAUCUUUAAAAAUGGCUACAGCUUUGCAUUUUUAUCUCUUUCUAUUGCAAAGACAUGACUUAUUCUUAUUGGCAUCCAUUUUUCACCUGCUCCUUUUUUAACUUUGCUGUUCAUUUAGUGGUGGUAGUUUUUCUCUCUCUACCUUGUUUUGCCCCCAUUCCUCAUUACACUUCCUUCAUUGACUUCUUUCUUCUUAUUGGAUCCAAUUUAUUACUACUAUUGAUUUUCAAUCUCUGCACCAUUUGUAUCCUUAUCUAGCUUGUCUGUCCUCUAUUUCCUUUUUCAUCUCUAGUCUGCCAAUACUCUCAGACUGCAGCUCACUGCCUUCCAAUACCUGUACUUUGUUCUUCUUGCAAUAGUUUAAGCUAUGCCUUAAAACAUUUCUCACAAACCUCUUUCUUUCCCAGCAGUCUUGCCCUGUUUAGAUUGUAUAUCUGCAAAUGGGCUUGUUUUUGAGGGAGAAAACUAACCUGUGGGCUCUUUUAUUUCUUUACAGCCUGAAAUGAGAAACUGACAAGGCAAAAGUCAGGUUCUGGAAUAGGCACUUCAGUAGCAGAGAAGGAUUUUUGCCAGAAGGAUCAGAACAUUGACCAACAACUUUACCCAUCAAGUGUGUUAAUGUAUAACACAGAUUCCACACCAGGCCUCUUAAACUCCUGUGCAGGAUGCAGUGAGCAAGCUUCAUCAAUAACCAAAAGCCCUGAAGAACAAAUCUCUGGCUUUCCUGAGAUACAGUUGGAGUCUGCUAAGAAACGACAUUGAAUAAGACUUGCUCAUUCCUAAAUAUAUACCUGCUACUUCAGGUGGGAUCCAUUUGUUGCUCCAUUAAGAGCAUCCCUUAGUGUUCACUCAUCACUUACUAGCAGGUUACCAAGGUGAACCAUGCAAAAUAUUUAAUGGUGCUUACCAUAGUUCCAGGAGCUGCAUCUAUUAAACACUCCAAAUACUGUCUCUGCCAUUCAAACUAGAGCAACACUGUGCACCCAGGUGUGCACAUCAACAAAAAUACGUAGACUGCCAAAACAGUGGCAUGUAUUGAUACAAAAGAGAACAGUGCAGUAACAGCAAUGACCAGUUUGACGUAGGACAGCAAUAGUAAGUAAGAUGGAUGGCCAGAAUGGCAAUAACUAUUCAGUUAGGUGUGAAAAUCCACUAUGGCUCUCCAACACAUAGUGUUCAUGUUUCUAUUCACUGAUGCUGAAAAGAGGUAUCUUAGACUGGAAUACAGUUCUGCAAGAGUGCAGAAUAUAAUACUGGCCACAGAACUUUGCUUCCAUUAAAAAUGCUGAUUUCAGUUUUUACAAAAGCAAGUUUCUAGUCCUUAUAGUUGCAAAGACAUGCUUGGAGCGUGUGCAUAUUGUUCCUGCUGACCUCUCAGAAGCUUGAUGAACUGCUGAGUGAGAUUUCCUGUGGUCAGAAGGUAUAGCUUCUUGCCUCUCUCCACAAUUAGCAGAAGUGGAGUAAAUCAGGCAAAAUAAAAGACCAAAUGUACUUUAUUUGCAUAAUUUACACAGUUCAGAAAGCUGAGUUUCUUAGCAAAAUCAGAUUACUAUAGCAUUUUUUAAAAAAUACUAUAACAGUCCUGCUUGUGUGAACUUGCUUUUUUGAGUACCUCAGAAGUCGUGCCGGUUUUGAAUGAGUUUUCUGACAUUGCCGAAAACUCAUUCAGUUUCUCCUUUUACUGCAAUCAGUUCAUGGAAUGGAUUGAAUCAUGUCUAUUGUGACUUAUGUGGAGUUAAUGUGGUACUGGGAGUAAGAGAGAUGGAAAAUACCUCUUCUGUGCAGAUUUUCCUAGUAAUCUCCUUCCAGUGUAGUUGGUCCCUUUUCCCCCGGCUGUAGGUUGCAGUGCAUUUGCAUCUCUUUUGUUGAAGUACUCCUCAAGUCCUGCACUGCAUGCAUUGGCUUCACCUUAUGGAGUACUUGGAAUUCUAGCCAGAUAACAUCAUAGCGCCUUCAGAUUAUUGAUCACGCUUUCUUGAUUUGUUUUCAGUGUAACCUUGGCAGGGUUUAUUCUGCCCCACCCCCCAGUCCAGUCUCAGAUCAGUGGGAAAUACUGAGUUUGUGAUCUUGAGAAGAGAUUGUUUUAUAUAGCAGGUCUCAUAUAGUAACAUGAGCUGUUCCGAGUAAUAUUUUUUCCUGUGUGAAGCACUUCAAUCGUGUUAGAAGUUAGAGCCUAAGAAGCUUAUCACAGAUGGAUUCUCAGCCAUAUAUGAAGCUAUAUAAUGCCCUAAUGGUUUACUCUCUUUUUACAACAUUAACUCUGUCUAAAUGGGUGACCUAGACUUUUUGAAUGUUGAGACAGUGAAGGACAGCCUUGACACCUUGAAGACAUGGGGAAACCAUCAUUCUAAUUGGGGAGCAUGUGAAAACCAUUUUCAGUAACACUUCUCUGAAAGCUUAACCACUACACUUGUUCAUUGAAACUCUUGGACACACUUCACAAACAAACUAGAUUACUUAUUCAGGCCUCUUGUUGGAUGUCCUGACUUCCUAAGCCAUCAUUUCUGGCUCCUCCCUAGCAGAAAGACAAGUAUAAUCCAUAUUAUCUGGUGUUCUGUCUCCAGAAUGCUUAGUGGAACUGAAAGUAGUGAUGGAGUGAGCCCUAUUUCCUACUUCAGAGGAAAGAAAUGCACUUUCUUAAUUUCAAAUUCAAACUGUGACUUCAGUUCCUUAAAAUGUAUUCCUGCUUUUACAGUUGUGUUGUAACUAUUAACUUGUUUUAUAAAUGUCUUUAUCCCCGAAUUUCUUGUCUUGGUUAAUUUGAAUUGUUAAUAAAUCCAGCAAAUCCAGGACUGGUUGCCUUGUAUUUGGUGUCUGGAAAUGGAGUGCACAGCCAAUCACAAGCAAACAAUCAUACCCUAGGCCAACCCCAACCUCUCUCACCACCAAAGGAACACAAGUGAACAACACAAGCAACGCUGACACCAAACUCUACAUACAUUAAACAUAAUAGAAACACCGCCACCCGACCCCACCCCCAUCCAUCUUCCCUCUCUCCACCCCCCUUUUUUCCCUUUUUUCUUCUCCCCCUAAUGCCUCAACAAAUGAAACGGAUUUGUAAAAAUGUUACAUGGAAAAAAACAAAAACGAGGCAUUACACUUACUUCUGUAAAACAAGAAAAUCCUUAAUAAAAUAUUUUUUUUUAAAAAAAGGAAAUGGAGUGCACAAUUCUGGAACAACAUAUAGUGCUUCUGUUCUUCCCCUUUACCAGGAGUGGCUAAUGUGUUGCCCUCCAGAUGUUGUUGAAGCACAACUUCCAUCAUUUCUGACAAUUGGCCAUGCUGACUGGGGCUGAUGGGAGUAGAGUCCCAAAAACAUCUGGAGGGACCUAUGGUUUAAAUAUUGGUGGCAAAACGUGCCCAGGAACAUUCCUGAUGCAUUCUCCAAAAAAGUUCAGAUUUUGCUUUUAAAUAAAAAUGCAGGAAAAAUAGUUUUGGAAGGCUUAAGACAAAAGCGGUUUGCCUUCCAUGAGGCAAAGGUCAAUAACAGAAAAACCAUGCUAGUAACAGAUCAGUUAUUAAAAGUGCCAACGGUGCUUUACCAAAUACAAGUGAACAAAUCUGCCCAAGGUGUUUACAACCUAAAAUAUAACACACAGGAAGUGGAUUCAGGGACAAACGGAGAAGGAUUGUGGUGGUUUGAGUAAACUACUACAAAAUGGACGUGUGCUGUAGCCCUGAGGUACAAGAAUCAGCUUUCAUUUACACUUGUGCAGCUCCUGUAGUGCAAGAAGAUUGAAAAUCUGCAGAGGUUGGUUCUUGAUUAAACUGAAUCAAAAAGAGCUCUGUGUUGUACUAUAUACAGUUCAGUUCCUGUCCAGGCCCUGUAGUCUCAGCCCAGUUCUCUUCUCCAAUAUUUACUGUUUUCAGAUUUCUCAACAGUAAUCACAAAUUAUUUAAGCAGACCAUACUUUAAGUUGAAAAAUCAAUUUCUUCUCCAUGUUAUUUAUGUAUUUUGUUGCAUGCUCUAAUAAUAUUCUCCCCGCUAUCCUGAAAGAGGUUGAAAUUCAAACAUGGAAAUAAUGAAUGCCCCUUAAAUUCAUUCAAACAUGCAGAUCACUUCCUUAGUUGCCCACAGCCUGCAUACUGACUGCUGUUAAUAUUAAUCCUUAUAAGAAAUUCUGGGAGCUAUUCAGUUCUAUCCAAGACAUUGGAUUUUUGUCACUUCCCUUGGAGGCUGCAAAUUGUAUUUUCAAAGGAUGACGUACUUGUGCUGGGGAUACAGAAGCAACAAGUAGCAACCUGUGAGCAUCAAAAAAUUGUGCCGCAGUGUUAACUGGCUGCUCAGCUGUGGGUAGAAAGAAAACAAUAACACUUGCUGCUGCUAAUUAGUCCCUUACCAUGGGGUAACAGUUAUAUCAGCAGUGAUAUUUAAUCUUUCUGGAAUGGACUGCAAAUGAAUAGGCACCCAGUAUUGCAAAUAAGACAACGCUACUGAACUUGCACAACUACUAUCUCUUCUAGGUCAUUCUGAAGUAGCAAAUUGAUUAGUUAUAUGCAACACAGCUGCUGCGUGGCAGAUGAAAGGGUUUUUGGAUGGGUUGUUUUUAAGGGUUUAGCCUGUUUUUUCAAAAAUCCAUCAGGGUUCAAAUAAACAGUCUUGAGAAACUCCUUGGAUAAAUAGUUCUUACAGAAGAAGACCAGGGUACUUUUUAAUCAUCUGUAAGAUAAGUUGAGCAGAGGAUAUUGAUAAAUCAAUGCUGAAGGGAAAGCAAAAACACUAGCUGAAAUCAAAUAAAUGCAUAUAUUUUCUGCAUGUAUAGCAGAAAAUCAGAAUGGCUGUGGAAGUUUCAGCUGAAAUUAGGCAAGUCCCUUCCUUGAUGAACUUCAGGCGCAUGGCCAUGACUUUGCUGUUCUAGCAGGCAUUUCAAAGGAGUGGUUAGUUUUAUGAUCCCCCCCCCCCAAUUUUCUGUCAAUUGUUUUAUAGUACACUACUUAGAAAUAUUAAUAUUUAAGUGGUGUAUAAAUGGCUUAGAUAAAAUAACAGAAUGAGUAUUUAGAGGAGAAAGCAGGCGGAUGGGGGGAAUUAUACUGAACCUUAUAUUCAUCGAAGAAGAUAAACUUGCUUGUUUUCUCCCUUCUGGGCAGCUAUUAAAAUUGCCCAAGAGCCCUUCACAGCUAGAACUAUUGGCCAACUUACAGAGUGAGUAUGAAGCAAGUAUGGGGAUGCAAAAUACUUCACAACCUACACUUGUUAUAUAAACUGGCGGUGGUAGGACAAUAUCUGUGCUGUCAAGGUCCACAUUCCAUCAGGAGUAAAGGGUGGGGUGUUGCUUACUAGUGGACCAAAGUCACUGAUUGGUGGGUUGGGUCACCCUUCUCUCUCCUUUUUCCUCUCUGCCCACAAGGUUGCCUGGAGAGGACAGGUUGCUCUUGCUAGAUAUCUGAAGGGAUUGACUUCGGUCCUACCACCCUCACCGGUACACUCGGUAGUGCUAUGGGAGAGGGCCUUCUUGGUGGCUGCUCCCAGACUAUGGAAAUCCCUAGAGAAGCUGGACUGGAGUUCUCAUAUUCCUUCUUUUGGCAAGUGAAGACUUUCUUGUUCCAAGUCUUUUGGGAACUGACUGCUUUUAGUGGAAGAGCUGGUGCUGUGCUGUUCUAGUUCGUCAUUAUUAGCAUGGUUUUAAUAGAUUCUAUAUAUACAUAUAGUUUCGAUUCAAUGUUUAAUUGGUUUUUAAAUUAUUUUUCCCUAUGUUUUUAGUGGUUCUUUUAUCUGGAAGUUGCCCUGAGGUCCUGCCAGGGAAAAGGGGAUAGAUGAUAGAUAGAUAGAUAGAUAGAUAGAUAUCAUCCUGAAGCAAAGUUCUCAACCCGAAGUACUAUUUCUGGGUUAGUGGAGUCUGUAUCCUGAAGCGUAUGUAACCUGAAGUGUAUGUAACCCAAGGUACCACUGUAAUAAUAAUAAUAAUUGCUUGCCAGAGGCAAGCGUUGUGAGAUUCUAGGAGUUCCAGGCACAUACCCAGGGUUCGUAUUUCUUUCACAAUGAAGUGCAGCAGAGACUGUGGUGUAUUUAUGAUAUAUGGUGUAUUUACACAUACAUACAACCUGAAUUUACAACAGAGGGAUUCACAGCAUUAACACUCCAAACAGUCAUUGCUUAUCCCAGCAUUGAAUUCAAACAGAAAUCAAUCACGGCUCUCUCUCUCUGGUUCCCAGAUUGCAGCUUUUCUUCCAAUGUCUAGCUUCCAGGUCACAUAAUUUUCAACUCUUGCCUUUGGAUAUCUAACUACCAGCCGCUUGAGGGAGGGGCCCCCUCAUUUGCCAUCUAGCACAAAGCCACUCCAUUUAAUGGUCUAGGCCAGAGCUUUCCAAACUGUGUUGCAACACAUUAGUGUGUCGGCUGCAAUGUGUAGGUGUGUUGUGUGAAUGCUGCCUGUGCUCCUCCCAGGGCUGGAAAGGAGUACGUUUAACCUCCGGUUUGCUAGUAAAACACAAUUACUGUGUCGCGCAAUGAUGCCUGUCUAAAAAGUGUGUCACCAGCAUGAAAAGUUUUGAAAGCUCUGGUCUAGGCUAUCGCCUCAUCGUGAAUUUGAAUCCUUGCUUAUAUUUUAACACUUGCUGGAUCCAGGGAUUAGAACAGUCUUGGCCUAUAGCCUACUCCCUGUCCAAACUCCUAACAAUAUUAAUUCAAUGAAAGAGAAGGGUCCCACAAAAAACACCUUAACUGUCCAACAUUGCCAGCAUAUAGUGAAAGCAAUACAAUUAAGUUGCUAAAUGCACCUGUUUGGAGGGAGUUCCACAAAUGAGGGGCUGCCACAGCCCUCUCCUGGGCCACCAUACUUCUGCAGAUCUUAAGAAAGACAGCCAUGUUCAGCAGUCUUCCAACUAUUUGGGGCCUAAGUCAUUUGGGGCUUCAAACACUAACAUGAGCACCUUGAAUUGAACCUGGAAAUGAAAUGUCAACCAGUGCAGCUGUUUUAAAAUGGGAGUUAUAUGAGCUCUAAAGGGGACCCUGGUCAGUAAUCCAAUAGCUGCAUUGUUGAUCCACUGACAUUUCUAAAUGCUCUUCAUUGCAACAAAUACAUGCCCCUUUUCAGUGAAAACUGACCUAAUUACUGUGGGCACCUCCAGACUGAUGGGCUUUUGCUGCAGUUGUAUUCUGUAAUUUUUUUGUGGAUACAAUAAUAGCACAUUAGAGGUGGAUUUAUACAGGACCAUCCACAUCCCAUUCUACUUUAUUAGCUGUUCCGUGAUGCUUCCCCAAUGUUACUGCAUUAUUACCACCUGGAAGGGGCUAAAUGGCAACAAAAGUGGGACAAAAAAACAACAACACCCAGCAAAACAUUUGUGGUACGGAAAGUUAUGGGAUGUGCACUGAUGAGAAGUGAAGCAGUAUGUCUGCCCCCAAUCUUUUUGCAUUGCAGGUGUAAAUAGUAUUGAAAUUGCGAUAGUGUAUAACCACCCACCCCAUUCUGUCAUGAGCACCAAUAGGAGAUCGUCUGGAAGGGAUGCCUGCCUCCUCAAAUGAGACCUAAAUGCCAGUUGAUUUCCUCACAUUCCUGCCUGAUUGUUCGCGUUUCUGUACGUCUGUCGCCCUCCUGCCCUGUCCGAAUUUAGACUGUAAGCUCUGUGGGGGCAGAGACUGGUCUCUGCAAUGAACGUGCAAUGAAUGUACGUGCGCUGGUGGCGCUGUACUUACGGGAUUUCCGAGCGAAACUUACAGGCCGCCCUUUACUACAAAGAAAACACCACGCAGUCAAGGGGGGAUUCUCUCUGCACACAUAAAGCACGCCUACACGAAUAUGCACGCACAGAUCUAGAGCAGCUUCAGGUACAGAUCCCCAGGCCCGGCUUCUUCUACGCGCAGCGCGCAACCGCCUCUUUGGCUCGGGCGACUCCUCUCCCGCUCCCACCUGCUUCCCAGCCACUCCCGGAGAGCUCCUCCUCCGGCUUCCCCUCCCUGCAAACCCCACCCCGGAGGCCCGAGGCCCGCCUUUGCGCCGCUUGCUUUUCCUCAGGCGCCUUUUGGCUCUGCCGCCGCGCAGGCCGCCCGCCUGUGCCUGGUGGGGGCGGCCCGCUUCACCUGCUGCUGCUGCUGCUGCUGCUGCAGCUCCCCCUGGCAAGAGGAGGCGGGAAGCGGGUGGUGGUGGGUGGGCUUGGCCGGCCUGCUGCAUCCAGCCGUGGGGUGGGGUGGCGACGACAUCUGCCUUGCAGCUGCCGCCGCCACAGAGGUGGGAACCUGCUUGGGCUCGGAGGAGCAUCAGCGGUAGCGCCUCUUCGCGCUCACGCGCUUCUACCCCCCACCGGCUUCCUCCUGCUGAUCCUUCCGCACCUCGCUCACCCCCUUCCCCGCCACCCACCCGCCGCCGUCGCCCUCCUCGCCGGUAAAUAAUCGCUGUCUGGUUGCCCCGCUGAGCCCUCCCUCCGCCGUGCCUGCCUGCCUGCCUGCCUGCCUGCCAGCCUCGGCAUCCCCCUCCCCCUCGCCUCCCGCCUGCAUGGAGAGGGAGAAUGGCGGAGAGAGAGAAAGGAGCCACGUCCCCGACCGGAUCCUCCCCGUUCUUGGGGCUGCACCUCGCCUCGCCCCCCAAUUUCAGGUACCGGAGCUCCCCCAGUCCCCAUCGCGACCGCCCUUUGCAAUGGGAGAUGCUUCGCCGCCAGGGGAGGUUGGGGGGCAAUAGGCACUGCUCUACCCUACCCUGCCACCCCACCACCCCUUGCCCACCGCCUGCGUUUCAGUUCAAGGGCCCCUCAACACGAUCCCGGCCCCGAUGGCCCUUUUCCCUCCCCUUCUGUGUGGGGUGGUUGCUAAAGAGCGAGGCUCUCGUCAUCCUCAGUUGUAUCCGCCAGCUACUACAUCCUAAGGAUCUGGGUAAACAGAUCCUUCCUAUCCCCAGCACAGAAGGUGAAUUGGGUGUGUGGAGGGGGUGUUGAGUAGGUGAGGAAGAUAAUAGAGAAAAUGGGAGAUCCUUCCCCAUCUACCCCACUUCGUGCCCAUCCAUAAAGAGGCAGUGGACAGAGAUUGGGGGGGGGGGCUUUAUUUUUUGCUCCUCAAGACUGUGACAUGGCAAGUCGUGGACCAGCAGGUGGGUGCCAAUAGUGUGUCUCCCUCCCGCUGCUCCUUCUUCUGGAACAGGUGGGGUACCUGCCUAUGGCUAGUGUAUGACUCUUGGAAGGGGGAAAGGGAGGCAAGCUGCCUUUGGAACACCAGCCGCUCACGCAGAAAGGAGGACAAGGUGUUUUUUUCCUGCUGGGGAAAAGCCUGCUGGCUUCCUCUUUCCACUUCCAUGAAUAUGAUUGAUAAUGGGAUCUGCACAGAUUCCUACCUCGGUAAGCUACAGAUUGCACCAUCUCCCUCUGACACUGUCUCCUUCCCACAGCAUGACACACAUGCACUCCCCACACAACCCCAACUAAAGCUUCUCAUGCUGUUCCCGACCUUCCAUUUGCACAAAUUUCCCUCACGCUGUUCCACAUAAAGCUUCCCUACUCCUGAAAGAUCAAUACUUCCUUCCUACGCAAAUCUCCUUAGAGAAAAAUGUUGUCUUAAAUAUGGACACCUACAAAACUGCCAUUCUCCCACUGUAUCAGAACCACCCAUCGCAGAAGGUUUGGGGAAGAUUUGUAGCUGGCUGAUGAGAGGGUUUAGGUAUCUGCGAGACCAUUUUGGGUUUGAAUUGUGAGGUGAAAUACCAUGGCUAUAAGGUAUGAGCAACAAUUGAAAAGGCAGUUGGGGAAACCUUGAACCACCUGUCUAUGAUUACAUAGACUGGUUAUGAUGCCUCCUUGGCAUCUACAGCCCUGCUCUUGAAGGUGUUUGGUGCAGCUAGGUAAUUGGUCAGUUCCUCCAUAUUUGUUAAUACAAUUGUUUGUAUCUGGCUUCGUAUUGGUUUUUGGUUUUUUUAAGGAUUUGUGGGGCUGGGUUUCACUGCUGUUAUGAGCUGGUUUCUAAUAAUUAGAUCAGCCGGUUUCUAAUAAUUAGCUCCAUUUCCUGAUUGGUAUGCAUUGCAGAGUGAAAUGCUUUCUGACCUGGAAGGGAAGCCAAAAUCUGUGAUAUAUUCUUCAUGUUGCAAGAUUUCAUAGUGUCUUUUGAUAUGAACUGCUUGCGAGAAAAUGUUUGAUCAGGGGCUCAUAAUGGAGGGAAAUCAACUCUGAUGUAGCUGUUUUAUGAGAUGUUUUGGACACUGUAAAGGUCAGGUUUUCUGUGUUACUUACACAUUCUGUUCUGUGUAUAACUUUUGUGUGUCUGUUUUAUUGAAAUGUUAGAGCUAGAAGGGGCCAGAAAAAUUAUAAUGUUGUCCUUGGGACAGGAUUCUUCAUGUAUAAACCACCCCCUCUCUUGCUGUAAACAGCAAGAGGUAAGCAAGCUUCCUUCAAAUUAAAAUCAUGAAUCUGGCAGUAAUGAUGCUAGUGGAUGAAGUAUGUAACAGGAUGGGGAUUUCAUAUUUCUUAUUUAUUACUUUGAGGUUUCCAAAGACAAGUAUUUAAGGACAGCUUUUUACAAGUGGUCAUAAACUUUGUCUUACGUAUAGCUUUCCAAAUGGAAAAAAAAAAGGGAUGCUUUUGCAUUCUAGUUCAGAUCCAGUACUGGCAGAGCAACAUCUACUGCCCCACACAGUAGCCAGUCUGUGUGUGUCACUUAAAAAAAUAUAGAGGGGGAGGCAUCUAGAUCUGCAUAGGAAAGAGACCAUCUUGAACACAAUUUAGAGAAACAAAAUGAGGAGGGAAAGGUCACAAAUUGCCAUAAUGUCUUCACCGGGCUGAGCCUCAGACCUUUCAUCACUAAACAGCAGCCCUGCUUGGAUGAAGCCAAAGGUCCAUCUAGUCUGGUGCCAUAACUCUAACAGUAGCCAGCCAUAUAUUUCUGGAUUGACGAAGUCCUUAUUUUUAUCUGUUGUGAAACGGAUCAAUUCCAUUGGGUUAUCCUGAGUUCUGGUAUUACAUGAAAGGGAAAGGGGAAAAAACCAUAUAUAUCCCUUUCUGCACACCUCUCAGAACUUUAUAAAGGUCACUCAUGCCUUGCCUGCCCCACAAGGGGUGUGUGUGUAUGACAAUGAAAAAGCCUAAAUUAAUUUUAGCCUUUCCCCAUAGGUCAAGAAGCUCCAGGUCUUAAGUAGUAGCUACACUGAUUUUUUUUUUUAAAAAGAGAUUGUGCUACUGACCUUUGAAUUAUCCAUCACUUUCUGAAUUAGCCUGAACUGACAGUUUGCCUUUUUUAAAAAUACUGCUGAAUAUUAUUUUUCAAUGAGUUAUUCAGCAUGAAUGGCCCCAUCUCCUCUUGGAAAGGCAUAAUCUGUUCAAACCCCCUCAUUGCUUUUAACAGAGUGUGCAUCACUUUGUACUUACUCACACUGCAUCUCGCUUGCCAUCUUACUGCCCAAUCAUCCAGUUUGGAGAGAUUUAUUUGGGGCUACUUGAAGUCUGCUUGGAUUUGCAUCAUCCCAAAUAAUUUUGUGUUUAUCUGCAAACGUGACUGCCUUGAUGCUCGCUCUGUCGUCUGCUCGUUUAUAAAUGAAUUAAAUAGCAUUACAGCUCUUGAGGUAACCCCACUUCUUAAUUCCCUCUAUUUUUAAAGGCUACCCGAAUGUUCCUGCAUUCAGCAAAGUCCAGAUUUUUAAAAAAGAUGAUCCAAGCAUAUUUAAGCACCUUGAAGCUCCAUUGACUUCUGUGGGACAGUUCAGCAUGUGCUCUAAUUUCCACAGUUAAAAUCAAUGGAACUUCACAAAGUGCUUAACUGUGUAGCUCAGCACUGGCCAGUAGUGAGCAAAAUGGCAGAUCCCUCGGAAACCUGCUGUGAAAAGGUUUGCAAAGCACUUUGAAGGCAAAGCUGCUUGCAUCUGCUCUGAACUUGAGGGCACAGCUGCUGGUGGUCAUUCUGAAGCACCCAGAGCAUUUUGGAGAUGAGUUGGCUGGGAUCAGUUUCAGUUGUUGCAGCAUGAGGGAGCGGACAGGUCUUGCAGGGGUCUGGCCAACCACAUGCCCUCUUGAGCCUUGUUUGCCAUGUCUUACAAGAUGGAUGGGUCCAGCAGGUUGUUAAUACCUUGCUCUGAGGGGGUGUAAUGCUUGCUGCCCUGAAGGAGGUGACCUGGCCCUUAAAACGCCCUCCCAGGACCUAGAGGUUUUAGACAACUACUACCCUGUCACUGAUGUCCCCUCCUCUGGCAAGGUGAUGAAAGUGAUGGUGGUGGCUGGCCAGCUUCAAAUGUGCCUAAAGGAAAAUGAUUUUCUAGACCUACUUCAGUCAAGCUUCCAGCCAGGCUUUGGCACUGAAAUCACUUGGACCACCUGAUUGAUGACUUACAUUGGAAAAACAAGCCCUGUUGCAAAAUGUAAAUCAGGAAUGCAGCCCUGUUGAUCUUCCUUGAUCUUUCAGCAGCUUUCAAUAUCAUUGACUACUACAAUAUCAUCCUGGAGGGGUUCUGCAGUUUAGAAGCUGCGUGCACCAUUUUAUGGCUGUUCCAGUGCUACUUGCAGAAUUGCAACCAGAGAGUAGCAUUAGGAGGCUUCUGCUUGGCCCCUUUGCUUUGGGGCUGUAGGGAUCUGCAGGGCUCCAUAUGAAGCCACUGGGAGAAGCCUUCCAGGGAUUUGGAGUAUAGAGUCAUCAGUAUGUGAUUGACACCCAACUCUGUCAUGUGAAUCAGGAGAGGCUGUUCAGUUGCUGGAGGCAGUAAUGAGCUUGACCAAUGAACUUUGGCAAAAGAAAUGCAAGCAGGCAAACAGGUUAUAUAUUAUAUAUGAAUGAAUGAAAUCCAGGAGCACAUUGUAGAAAAUAUAAAGACCAACAACAACAAAAUUAGAAACAGGAAACUGGACAGGGAUGCGGUUGGACCUUUGAAUGACGUAGUCACAGGUGUGCUAUAAGAAUAAAAGAACAUUUCAAGCUGAAUUAAUUCUUUGAAUCCAUUAACACAGCUGAAGAUGCAGGGCAGGUUAUUGCGCCUGAAAUAACUUUCUCAGGAGGUGAUUCUGGGGAACGGGGGAUAAGAGAUGAAGUUUGAGACCUCACUGACAAAUUUAGAAAGAAUAAAUAAAUCACCAGGUCCAGAUGACAUCCGCCUGAGGGUUUUUGAAGAACUCAAAUGUAAAACUGUUGAUAUUGUAAUAAAAAUAUGUAACCUGCUAGAAAAAGCUCAGAAAAGGACAACCAAAUGAUCAAGAGGCUGGAGCAAUUCCCCUAUGAGGGAAGAUUAUGUUUUCCUUUACUCAUUUAGGAAAAAAUGAUAGAGGUGUAUAAAAUUAUGCAUGGUGUAUAGAAAGCGGCAGAGAAUUUUUAUUUCCUACCUCAUAAUGCUAGAACGUGAGUCAUCCAAUGAAGCUGAACAUUGGAAGAUUUGGGUGAGGCAAUGUGCAUAGUUAAACUUUGGUCUUCUCAUUGUUGAAAAAGAUGUUGGACUAGAUGGGUCUUUGAUUUGAUGUAUCAAGUCUCUUAUGUUGUUAUGAGUUGUACUCUCGCAGAAGGCUCAUCAGGGCCAGCCCACACUUGAGGCAAGGUGAGGCAGUUGCCUCCAAUGAAUGUGUUGCUCGCUGCUGCUGCAUGAUCCUUGGAGGCUGGAUCUGCCACCUCCUGGACAGUUCUGCCUCCCAGUGCCACCUCUACAGCAGCCUCUUGACAAAUAGGAGGCGCUUCUCGUCUUCUCGGACCCCUUGAUUGGAAAUAGUGUGGGCUGUCUUCUGGGGUCUCUUGGGUUUUGCACCCACCUGGGUGAUUCAGAGAGGGCCCCUGCCAUCCUCCUAUGGUGGAGGAGGUGCCAUUUUGUGGCCCGCAUCACAUGCCAAAAUGUCUUGGGCCAGUCCUGAAGUUCAUACCUGUUUGCUCUCCUAAGCAGGUUGGGUCUGCAACAAAAUAUUUCAUCUUGGGGUGCUCCCAUCCAUUAUAUUCCCCCCCCCCCAGUCAUUCAGCAUUUUGUCGCUGCUUAGCACACUCAGUUCUCAUUCAACCUUUUUGGUUUUUCUUCUUAGAGUUCUUUUUCAAAGAGAUUUUUUGUACUUCUGCAAACCCCUGGUUUUCCCAGAUCUACUGUUUUCUCCCUCCUGUGUAUAGAUAGUGCUUUUUUGGCUUUGUAAGCAAUGACACUUAUACCUGCAGAUUCCAUUUAGCUAUUGAUUUGUUCUCUGUAAAUGUGUCCUAAUUUAAUUUUAACGCCAUCUAAGCCGGUAGCCAACUUGGCAUCCUGCAGCAGUGAAUUCCAUAAGUUAGGCCUCUGUUGCAUGAAGCAGUACUUUUCUGUCUGGAGCGUGCAACUAAUGAAUUUAAUUGGGUGAGACAGGGUUCUAGUAUUAUCAGUAAAGGAGUAUAAAAAAAAAAAUAAUUCCUCCUCCACACUGUAAAAUUUUAUAUCCUUCUAGCACAUCCCUGCUUAGUAAUUUCUUUUCUAAUUUAAAUUGUGAUAAGGAAGUGUAUUUUCCCAGUGUCAAAAUAUUGGUAUUUGAGUGCCAGGGGAAAGUGCAGCUUUCUUGAAAAAGGAAUAUUGGUUUUGAGGAAAGACAUCUGAAUGUCUUGGCCAUUCAUAUAUCAUGAUACAGUGAGUUCCAAAGAUCAGUGGUGAAUGUUGAAAUUAUUUAUUUUCAACUUGAUGCUUAUGAAUAUCAUCAGGUAUUUUCUACUUCUGGAAUGGACCAAGAUAAUAAGCAUCAUAUAAGUCUGAUAUUCUCAUAUACAGCUUUAUGUUCUUUGUGUUCUGGUGGGCCUAGUUAUCACCCACCAUGAUUAAGAAACUUGCCUGAGAAUGGACAGGGUGAUUCUCACACUUGAUACUUAAAUUUGGCAUUCUUUAAAUCUACUCCUAAUGCAGUUGUAAAACCAUCAUUGGCUAGAGUAUGUUCUCCAGUUUUUCUUUGCUCUUACUUUAACAGCAAAUUUGGUCUUACAUUAACAGCAUUCUCACAGUACAACUGAGAUUCACAUGUACUUUGUGGCGUCAUGUAGAAAGAUUCUAGUUCUUUGGUUAUAUAAUAUACAAUGGUACCUUGGUUCUCAAACUUAAUCUGUUCCAGAAAUCCAUUCCAAAACAAAAGCAUUCCACAACCAAUGCGGCUUUCCCAUGGAAAGUAAUGCAAAAUGGAUUAAUUUGUUCCAGACUUUUAAAAACAACCCCUAAAACAGCAAUUUAACAUGAAUUUUACUAUCUGACGAUACCAUUGAUCCAUAAAAUGAAAGCAAUAAACAAUGUACUUGCAGUCACACAGUCAAUAAAUCAGUAGCUGAACCGGGUUCCACACAGUGACAAAAACAUAACAAAAAAGCCGCAAAAGCAAAACCACAAAAUACGUAGCAAAAACAGACAGACCUCAGCAUAACACCCAAAACAGAAGUGUGGCACUCAAAACGGAAGCGUAACACUCAAAGCGGAGCAUGUUCAGAUUCCGAAAAGAGUUCGCAAACCAGAACACUUACUUCCGGGUUUACAGUGUUUGAGUUCCAAGUUGUUUGAGUACCAAGACGUUUGAGAACCAAGAUGUUUGAGAACCAAGGUACUACUGUAUGUCUUUAAUUAUGAGAAAGGGCACAAUACUAAGGCUAGAUCUACCAGGAUGUGUGGUGUUAGGAUCCAGCAGGUAUCUGGCUCAACUUGGCUACACCAGUGAAAGUACCCAGCACUGACUCAGCUGGCUGAUGUCACAUCCUGACUCACUUGGGACCCAGCAGGGGGACUUAGCUUGGAUCCUAAGCCAGUUCAGCAUAGUCAUGUGACCUGGAAACAUAGUGUAAGUUAACCUAACAGAAAGGUGGUGUCACCCAAACUCCAUUUUAUAGGCUGGCUUUUUGUCUGCCAGGCUUUGUCCGGCUCAGCCAGUAGCAGAAGUCCUCCUGAACGGAGUUUGGCUCUGGCGUACUUUAUGCCAGUUUAAUUUAAGAAAGCAUAAUUUAUGCUGGCUUCCCAUACUUAACAAUUGCUCCCUAAUUAGCUAGCCCAAGGUCCAUCAUUCCCAGUGGGCAUUCUGUUCUCGUGCUCUUAAAAAUAAUAUUCAAAGAAUGGCUUCAUUUUUACAAGAUCCUUAUUAGGAGCCUUGAGAAAGUAAAGUACCAGUUACAUACCAGUGGCUGGAAACCUUAGGAGGGACGAGUGAUGUUUUGCUUCGCAUAGGUACCUGGUUGACUGCUGUAUGAAUAGGAAGCUGGACUAGAUAGGCAGAUGAUCCAGCAGGCUGUUUUUAUGUUCUUUUGGGAGUCCCCCAAGGGCCAGCUAGAGAAGUCUGGAGGGCCACAUUCAGGCCCUAGGGUCAGCAAACUUUUUCAGCAAGGGCCAGUCCACUGUCCCUCAGACCUUGUGGGGGGCCGGACUGUAUUUUGAAAAAAAGAAAGAAAGAAUGAAUUCCUAUGACCCACAAAUAACCCAGAGAUGCAUUUUGAAUAAAAGCACACAUUCUACUCAUGUAAAAACAUGCUGAUUCCCGGACCGUCUGCGGGCCAGAUUUAGAAGGCAAUUGAGCCAGCUCCGGCCCCCGGGCCUUAGUUUGACUACCCAUGCCCUGGGGCUGCCAUCCCCCACCCCUGCUCCAAAGUCUGAUUUUUAAGGUCUGGCUUCAUAUGGAUACUUGCAGCUCUGUAGUUGUUCCUUUGAACAACUGUGUAAGGUAAAAACAAUCUGUUUCAAUCUAUCAGCGUUUUCUAAAAGCCUUUAAGUUUUUAGGGUUUGUCAUAAACAUGAAUAAGGUGUGGGUUGAUCUCUGCUCUUUUGUGAAGAUUGAUCUCUUUUCUAGCUCUAAAAUUGUUUGCUGGAUUUGUUGAAAAUUAUUUCAAUGUGGCUGAAUUAUGUUUUUAAAAACCUACUAACCAAGCAAUUAUAGCUGGCCCAGAAGAUACAAAUACUGGAGAAGUGGCUCAGUUAACAGAACUGGCUAACUCAAGACUAGUAGUAGAGAUCAUCCUAGUCCCAUAAUAGUCUGGCUAUGAAUUGUUGUCCUAGAUACAGCAUUUGUCUCCUGGGCUUCUUGUGUGUUAAUGUAAACAGCAGCAUCUAAAAAUGGAAGAAGACUAUCAGGCCCAGGUCUGUCAAUGUAGAACUCCAUUCAGACUUAAUGAUCCAGAUAAUAAUAGAUUUUGCUAGAACCGGGACUCAGCAGUUAACAGGAAGAAUUCAGGAGACUCUCUAAGACAGGUGUAGGCAACCUAAGGCCCAUGGGCCGGAUGCGGCACAAUCGCCUCAUCAAUCCGGCCUGCAGACAGUCCGGGAAUCAGCGUGUUUUUACAUAAGCAGAAUGUGUGCUUUUAUUUAAAAUGCAUCUCUGGGUUAUUUGUGGGGCAUAGGAAUUUGUUCAUUCCCCCCCCCCCAUGGUCUGAGGGGUGGUGGACUGGCCUAUGGCUGAAAAAGGUUGCUGACCCCUGCUCUAAGAUCUAGGUCAAAUAGAAAUAAGUUCCAUUCGCUGAAAUAUGGGAAUCCUCAGAUCCGUGAGGAUUAAGAGAAACUUUGCAGGCUGUGAGAGGGCAUUCAAACAUCGCCCCUUAAACAAAAGCAACUGAGUGCCUUGUGACACUCUAAAGACUUAACAAUGUUAUUGUGGCACAGGCGGUUGCUGGCCAGCAGAGGUGGAGCUACCCGCCCUGGCACCCGUAGCGUCGGGAGGGGCGCUGCUAGCCAUCUGCGGCAGCUUCGUCCCUAGUGGUCCGCCGCCCAUGCAGCGAGCAUCCGGGGGCGCUGCCUGCACAGUGUGUGUGUGUGUGUGGUGCGACAAUGUCACCUGCCCUCACGGCUGACACCUGGUGCACACCGCACCCGCCUUCCUCUGCGAGUACUGGCCAGAACAUACAUCUGAUGAGGCAGGUUUGCCUACCAAAGCUCAUGCUGCGAAUUAUUUAAUCUCUCGGGUCCCCAAGACUUCUACAGUGUUUCUCAAACUUGGGUCUCCAGCUGUUGUUGGCCUACAACUUCCAUCAUACCUGACCACUGGUCCUGCUAGCUAGAGAUGAUGGGAGUUGUAGUCCAACAGCAGCUGGAGACCCAGGUUUGAGAAACACUUCCCUUGGGUUUGUUGCAACAGGGUUAGCAUGCUGCUUAAAUGUUUUCCAUUUUUUGAAAGACGUUCAAAUCUGAAAUAUCUGAAAAUUGUGCCACUGAAGGAUUCAGCCCCAUUAGCCAACUAUCUUUAUAUACUGUACUGAGCUGCACUUCAGCAUCUGUUAGCAAAAGGGGCUGCCCUUUUCUCAGGGUUUCUGUUGUUCUAGGCUGUAAAGCAAGCAGAAAUUUCUGUCAGCCCUUUUUACAAUGACCUAGUUCCAGUUCACUCCGUGCUCCCAUCACAAGGUGAAGCCUGAGCAACUGUGCUUUGAUGUUAAGUGGCAUCUAAGCAGAGGUGACACAUGUGCAAUGGUGCAAGUCUGAUCUGACUAGGACUUGGAGAACAAAAAGUUGUUUGGGUACAGGAUGGAGUUUGCCUUUCUUGAAGGUGAAUUUUCCUCCUUGCUGCUUUUUUGUUCAUGGGGCACUGUAUUUCUCUACUGACCUUUGAAGACUUCGUGGCCCAUAAUGAUUUGAUGACUGGCUGAAAAAUAAAACAGUCCUUCAUCUAACGCAUGCACCUCCUUCUUUUCUGUGGGGACUUCACCCAGAGCCCACUGAGUGGGGAGUCAAUUCCUUUCAGUCUACAAACCAUUGUUCAGCAUUUGUACUCUUGACUACGAGGGGUAGUCCCACAGCUAUGGCUUCCUGCAUCUGAAACAUGGUUAUCAUAGCCCUUGGAACAUGCACCAGCUCAACCAGCCUUCCUUAGGUUGUAAAGAAUCCUGAAAUGAGAAAGGAAAGUCUUUGCUUUGUGCCGAAAAAUGGUAAAAGCAGGCCCCAGGCAGGCUUCCUUGGAUAAAGUGUUAGUCUUUGGCACAAGUUGAAUCUUUGGCCGUGUCUUAUCUUAGUGCUGCUCAAAAUAAUUUAUCUCCAGAUAAACAACAGAGCAUGUAUGUCUUGGAACCUGAUAAGAGACACAACCAUGCCUCAUUUCCUUUGCAAUUAAUCUCUGCAGUUGACUGCUGUCACAAGUUCAGACAAAUAUUAUUUUAAAACAUAAAAUAUAACAAUACAGUAGGCCUGCAUGGCAUCACACGAUGGAGGCUAGAACUUUUGCCAGCUUGCAUAGUUCUUGUCUCAUUACAUAUAUUUAAACAGAGUUUUGAAAUUCAUCUGACUGUUCGGGAUUAAAACAGCGUCUCCUGGUGGGUGCAGUUCUCUGAUAUUACCUGUCACAUAGGAAGUUGCCUCCUGCUAGGUGAGAUUAUUUGUCCACCUAACCCAUUUUUACUACUAUGAAUUGCAGUAACUUUCGGGUCUCAUUAGAUAUAUUUCCUGACAUCUGUUAGCUAAAUGAUCCUUUUAACUGAAGAUGUCUGGGAUUGAAUCUGGUACCUUCUGCAUGCAGAGCACAUGCUCUCUCGCUGAGCUAUGGUCCAUGCCCUGAGUUGAUAUAUGCAACACCGGAAAUGAACUGGAAAGGUCCAGAAAACAAGAGAGGAUCAGGUGGCUUGGGAACUGUGUCUUUCCUGUAGUUGGGCAUUAAUGUCUAGGCAGCCAUUCCUUAUUAUUUCAUAGUUAUCUUGGGUAAUCUUGGAAAUACCAUGAUUCUGAAUCCAAAUAGGAAUGUAGGACAUCUAACAAAUCCCAGAACAGUUCGUGUACUGCACUAUACAUGAUUCAAAAUCUUUUUUUCAGUCUUGCCCCUAGUUUGGGGCACAGUCACAUUCGCAGUCUUCCAAAUCUAUCUUUGCAGCACGUCUCUGUUCUUGCAAUGCUUCCACUUUAAUUUCUGGAAGAGAGCCAGUAAAACCUUUCUCUCAUCUCGUCCCUCCCCGGCAAUAUGUAUCCUGCUAAUAUAGAUAUGCAGGAAGGAGAAAGGGAAUUAUAUACAUCUCAGUGCAAUUAACACCCCUGCAGCUAGGCAAAUGAACAGAGGUCAGGAGUUCUGGAAGGUUUAAUGCAAUGAAACCAGUAGAGCAUAAAUAUUAUUUUUAAGCUCCUGAAUUUGUCAUCCUCCUUUGGAGGACAAAGUGGCACCUGGAGAUGGGACAUUGAAUGGGAUAGUUCAGUGCUAAGGAGAACUUUCUCAGAAAAGAGACUUGACUGGAGGGACCUGCCUGCAUAUUGUGUGUCUGCCUGGUUUAUGAAAGCAUUUUUAUCCAGUUCCACAAAUACAAGUAAGAAGCUAAAACUCAAGAUUCCUCUUGCUUGCCUGAAGUGCAGGAAUAGAUCUCAAAAUCUUAAAGGGUGAGCUUUUGCAUCCCUGAGGAGUUGUGUCCUGAGAACUACAGUCAUACCUUGGGUUGAAGUAGCUUCAAGUUAAGCAUUUUCUGGUUGCGCUCCGCAGCGACCCAGGAGUAACGGAGUGCGUUACUUCCGGGUUUCGCCACUCAUGUAUGCGUAGAUGCUCAAAUAGAGGUCACGCGCAUGCGCGGAAGCGGCGAAACGCGACCCGCAGAUGCGUGUUACGUUCUACUCAGGAUGCGAAUGGGGCUCCAGAACGGAUCCCGUUUGCAUCCAGAGGUACCACUGUACAAACAUUGGAGCAAUUUGUAUCAGACCAUAGUCUGAAAUGAAACUGAAAUCAAAAUGUCAGCUCUUUGGGACAAUUUGUGUUCAGUGAGCACACCUACCUACUUCUACCUAGGAGGUCUCAUAAGCAUGGUCGCAUGAGAAGCCACUAGGUUUCACUUUGCACCAGGUGCUACUGUUCCCAAAAAAAAAAAAAUUGAAUUCAGAACUCCUGAAACAAAAAUAGGAACAAAAUAUCAAGUGAUAAUGUGCACAUGUGAAUGAGCUGUUACAGAUCUAAUGCCAAAAGUCAGAGCUCCUAUAUCAACUGGCAUCACCUCAGUUAAAACACUUUUCAUCGGAGGCCAUUCACCUGCGAAUCAUUGAGUGAUGAAGUCAUUUACUAAUGAGAUACUGAGCGGUCAACAUGCUUGUACAGCCUCUAUUCUCUCAUACUCUUAACUCGGGAAGAUACGCUGAUCAAGCACCUUCUCCAGUGAGGAAUGUGUGAACUACUUUUAAAUGCAUCAAAAUGGCUAAUAGAGUAAAAAGGCAGAAUAGAUCAAGGAGAAAGUAAGACAACUAUGAAUGGCUAUAAGCUGUCCAUCAGAUUCAGUUGAGCGAUCAGAAAAUCAAGAUUUCUAACAACUUAAACCAGAUUCUGGAAUAUGUGCUAUGCAUUGUGUGUUGCAGCAAAUAAUGUGUUUUAAAGCAGAGCAGGUAAAAUUCAUGGAUAUAUAUGUAAUAGCAGAAAUUCAAGGCUGUAGGGCAGGGUACAGUACAGAUCCUGCGGGAUAGAAGCACAUUGGACUACAACCACAGAGAAGACAGAAAUGGUCUGCUUUGCUUAUUAUAGAGGUUGGCCAAAUAAGUGGGGGACUUAGGUUGUUGAGGUGUUCAAUAAGUUCACCUGCUGAGUGAGGUGUGACAAGAUAGUUCUGAUUGACCCAUGUGAGGACAGGAUGCUGGACUAGAUGGAACAUGGGCCUGAUCCAGGAGUUUUUAUGUACAGUGGUGCCUCGCAAGACAAAAUUAAUUCGUUCCGCGAGUUUUUUCGUCUAGCGAAUUUUUCGUCUUGCGAAGCACGAAAUCCCAUAGGAAUGCAUUGAAAUUCAAUUAAUGCGUUCCUAUGGUCAAAAAAAGUCCAAUCAAAGCCAAAUUCGGUACAACAAGAGUUUAUUAACUGCUCUUUAAAGUCACACAUACUUUAAAGAGCAUAUCAAAAAUUGAAGGAACAAUAAAUUAAGUUUCUAAACAUGACAGGAAAAACAUUUAAAAAUCAAAAAGGGUACAUUACAUUUUCUAAGACUCUGGGGACCACUCGAAGAAGGUUCCUCUUCCACUCUUUGCUUCUUGCUGAGGAACCUGUCCAUGGUCUGCUGCUUCAUCCGCCGUUUCAGCAGCUCCCUGAGAGGCGACAUGACCGUCGUAUCAAAAAUGUUCGCUUGGUCAUGUGCCACGUGCUUGUCAGGGUGGUGCCGCUCUGCAAAAGCCUGCACCUCAUUCCACUUCUGGCAAAUGUCCCUCAGUUCUUUGGAGGACAGCCGUUCCUCAGUUGCUUCCUCCUCUUCCAGCGAGGCCUGCUCCUGCGCAACCUCUGACUGCAGUUCAACCAGCUCCUGGGUGGUCAGCUCGUGGUCGUGCUCCUCCACCAGCUCGCAAACGUCCUCCUCUGUGACCUCCAGGCCCAAGGUCCUCCCUAAGGCAACAAUGUCCUGCACCACUGUCGACUCUGGUGCAUCAGAGUCACUUGGUGCCACACAGUCCGGCCACAGGCUGCGCCAAGCGCAAUUCAAAUUCCUCUGGCUGAUCCCCUUCCAGGCCGUGGUGAUCAUCUUCAAGCAGGUGACGAUGUCGAAGUGGUCCUUCCAGAAUUCCCGCAGGGUGAUGGUGGUGCAAUCAGUCACCUCGAAGCAUCGCCUGAAAAGCUCCUUGGUGUAGAGUUUCUUGAAAUUGGCGAUGACCUGCUGAUCCAUCGGCUGGAGCAGUGGCGUGGUGUUAGGCGGCAGGAACAUGAUGUUGAUGAAGCUGAACUCCUCCAACAAGUCCACCUCAAGGCCUUUAGGAUGAGCAGGAGCAUUGUCCAUCAGAAGCAAAGCCUUCAGCGGCAGGUCAUUGUCCAGCAGGUACUGUUUGACAGCAGGGCCAAAGGCAAGAUUGACCCAGUCCACAAACAGCACACGUGUGACCCAAGCCUUGCUGUUGGAUCGCCACAUGACACUCAGCCGCUCCUUGUCGACCUUGUGUUUCUUGAAGGCCCGUGGGUUCUCCGAGUGGUACACCAGCAGGGGCUUGAUCUUCAGGUCGCCGCUUGCGUUGGCACAGAAGAGCAGGGUCAGACGGUCCUUCAUGGGCUUGUGGCCAGGCAACUUGGCCUCCUCCUGAGUGAUGAAAGUCCUUUUGGGCAUCCUCUUCCAAAACAGCCCGGUCUCGUCGCAGUUGAAGACCUGCUGUGGAACGUAGCCCUCCGUCUUCACAACCUCCAGGAACUCCAAGGCAAAGUCUUCAGCCGCAGGAACAUCAGAACUGGCAGCCUCUCCAUGCCUGACCACGCUGUGGAUUCCGGAUCUUGCCUUGAACCGGUCAAACCAGCCUCUGCUUGCCUUGAAGACUUCUGGCUCGGCCGAGGUUCCUGGCUGUUCCCGGAUGAGGUCUGCGUGCAAGGCCUUGGCCUUCUCACAAAUCACGGCCUCAGUCACUGUGUCCCCUGCACGCUGCUUCUCUUCUAUCCAGAUGAGGAGCAACUCUCGACCUCCUCCAGAACAGCUGGGCGGUUCUUCACGAUCCUGGUGACUCCCUUGGCUGCAUCAGUCGCAAGGAUCUUCUCCUCAUCUUCAGGAUGGUCCCGAUGGUCGAUGGGUUCCUGCCGUACUCCCUGGCGAGGUCCGUCACACGCAUUCCACCGUCGUGCUUCCGGAUGAUCUCCUUCUUCAUCUCCAGCGUCACCUUCUCCUUCUUCCUCUCGCCGGCCUCCGCAGCAGCAGCAGUCUUCUUGGGUCCCAUGGCAGCACAGCUGUUACCUUUGUAAAACUCAGAAAAAGAAAAAAAAUCAGCAAUUCAAACCCACAACCAAGUCCUUGAAUUCCAAACACCCAACCCAAAAUCCAAAAACCCCAAAAAAGUUUUAAAAGUUUAACUUACGAAAUGGCUGCAAAUCACCAAAGUCUUCAAAAUCCUCAAAUGGCUGCAAAAGAAGUUUUGGGAAAGCUUUAAAAAUCACCAAAGUCUUCAAAAACCUCAACUGUUCCCCCAGCCCCUCCCCAACUGUUGCAAACCCCACCCCAACUGUUGCAAACCCCUCCACAACAGUUCCCCCAGCCACCCAGCACACAGAAAUUAAAAACCCAGAAAAAUUUUUCAAAAAAAAACAACAUUGCCCAAUGGUUACAGAAAACCAUAAAAAUUCAAAAAAAAAGCACACAAGCUCCCAGAUUCCUGCAAACCCCUCCUCAACUGUUCCCCCAGCCACCCAGCACACAGAAAUUCAAAACCCAGAAACUUUUUUCAAAAAACAACAACAUGGCCCAAUGGUUACAGAAAACCAUAAAAAUUCAAAAAAAAAGCACACAAGCUCCCAGAUUCUUGCAAACACCUCCCCAGCUGUUCCCCCAUCCACCCAGCACACAGAAAUUUAAAACCCAGAAACUUUUUUCAAAAACAACAACAUGGCCCAAUGGUUACAGAAAACCAUAAAAAUUCAAAAAAAAAGCACACAAGCUCCCAGAUUCUUGCAAACACCUCCCCAGCUGUUGCAAACCCCACCACGCCGGAUCCACCAGCCAACCCGCACACAGAAAUACAAAACCCACAAACUUUAACAAAAAAAACAAAAUGGCCCAAUGGUUACAGAAAACCAUAAAAAUUCAAAAAAAAAGCACACAAGCUCCCAGAUUCUUGCAAACACCUCCCCAGCUGUUCCCCCAUCCACCCAGCACACAGAAAUUUAAAACCCAGAAACUUUUUUCAAAAAAAACCAACAUGGCCCAAUGGUCACAAAAAAAUCAUAAAAAUUCAAAAAAAAGCACACAAGCUCCCAGAUUCUUGCAAACACCUCCCCAGCUGUUCCCCCAUCCACCCAGCACACAGAAAUUCAAAAUUCAAAGCCAGAUUUUUUUUUAAAAAAAUAAACAUGGCCCAAUGGUCACAGAAAAUCAUAAAAAUGCAGAAAAAAACCACACAAGCUCCCAGAUUCUUGCAAACCUCUCCCCAACACCAAGUCCUUGAAUUCUAAACACCCCAACCCAAAAUCCCAAAAACCCCAAAAAAGUUUUAAAAGUUCAACUUACCAAACAGCUGUAGAAGAAGUUUUGGAAAAGCUUCAAAAAUCCAGCAAACUCUUUAAAAAGCUCAGAAAGGCCACCACACCGCGUGCAAUGUGUUGCUCCUCGAGGUCAAGUCGCAACUGCACCUCUUCCAGCAAUGCACCCUGGGUUUUAACGGUUUUACGAAAAGGAAACAAACUUGCAAGACGUUUUCGUCUUGCGAAGCAAGCCCAUAGGGACAUUCGUCUUGCGAAGCAACUCGAAAACGAAAAAACCUUUCGUCUUGCGAGUUUUUCGUCUUGCGAGGCGUUCAUCUUGCGGGGCACCACUGUACUAGGAGAGGGCCUUUUCAGUCAUGGCACCCUGUUUCUACAAUGCUAUUCCCAAGAUGCUUUCUUUGUACCUGCUUUGAGGUGUCCUCAGUGCCUUUUUAUUCUGCAAGCUUUAAUUUAUUUAUUUUUUUAAACUUUGAGUAAUUUAAAAUUAUUUGUGUUUUUAAGAUAUGUUCCGAAAUAUUAAAGGACUGUUUCAAUAUCAUUUGUGCUGUUGGGAGCCCUGCUGUUUUGGUUUUAAUACUUCCUGCUGAGUUUUUAUGCUGUAUUGUAUAUUUUGGUUUUGUGGUUUCAACUGUAUUUUAUUAUUUUGUUGCUGGGCAGUAUAUGUGUGUGUGUGUGUGUGUGUGUGUGUGUGUGUGUAUUUGUCAAUAGCAAUAAAUAAUCAUGCAUUCAAUGUUGUCACCUUGGAUCUGGGGCUCACCCUACUUCCAGCAAGGCAUUUGAAGCUUGGAAGUUGCUGCUGCUGCUAAAAUGCAGAGCCACUAGCAACAAGCCUGAAGGUAAUGAGCUGAUUUUUCCAACCCAUGGGAGCCCAUGCAUUUGCAGGAAGGGGCCUUCCUGGCUGCUUGUUGCUCACGCAACAUGCAGGCUUCGGCUACGGAAAGGGUCUGUGUAUCCCCGGAGACGUCUAAUAGCUUUUUCUGAGCCUGUGUAAAUCCCCAUAGGAACUAAAGAAGCGGAGGAAGGGGUGGCUAGUUUUUCAGCCGUUGAGCACCAUGGACAGGGAUUUGCUUUAGAAAAUGCUGUGGCAGAAUGGAGAGAGAAUUAGCAUGCUAAUCUGCUUGUGAUGAUAUUAAUUUUAGACAAAGACUGUUUCAAUGCCUGCAGUUAGCCCGAAUAAUCAUAAAACUAAGCCCAUGGAAUUCUAAGCAUCACCCACAACCACUUGGGCAAGCACAGGAAGGAAAAAGCCCACUUCAGUGUAAUAAAUAGCUGCAUGCAUAUAACACAGUCUUGGUGAGGAUGCCGCUGACAAUCUCUGCAAAUGCAUUGUCACAAUCAAUAACAAGGAGAAAAUAUGGUUAAUAAACACAGAGCUAAACUGAGGAAGCAGAAGCAAGGAGAGAAGGGUAGGCAAUGAUGAAUGCUUAUUUGUGAAAGCAAUGGGGCCGUUGAGACUGCAUGGAUAGCAGUGGCACAGGGACAUGGGGAAGGGGACUGUGUCCCUAACAGAAGGAUUCUCCCUGCAUGUGCUUGAGUAGGACCACAUAAUGGAGUUCAGUAAUGUGCUCUAGUCAUGGGCCAUUGCAAGUCCAUAUGGAGCAUCCCUGUGUAACAUCUGCCAGGGUUGGUUUCUGUCUCCCCUGCUUUAGCUGUUGCCCAAAUGUACCUUCCUAUAUAAUGGCAGUUUCAAGUUAUUGAUUAUAGUGCAUACUUAGCAAUGGAGAGAAGCUGUUACUGUUUUAUCCAAUGCCCAGCAAGCUCAGAUUUCAUGAAAUGGCAGCAGCUAAGGUGCCAAAUGAUAUUCUUCUGGUCCCAGACUGUUAGGUUUGGGAAUCUACAUUGCUUGACCUAAUCCAGGUUCAGAAAUAAUGACAAGGCACACCUUCAGUUGUGGAUCAAAAUCAGGUGCUUGGGAUUGUGGUGGUCUGAGUGUUUGUGUCAAUCCCAAAUGCAGGCUUAGUGCAUAACUUUUUGUACAGUGCAGGGAUUUCUCGAUUGCUCUGGCUGCAACUGGCAUGAUUGAGAUAGCUAUCCCAUUCUGCCUCAUUCAAGAGUUUGGCAUCUUCCUCUGAGCAACCUGAGCUUGGGCUGAUGUCAGAGAGAGGAUAUUGAGCUAGAUGGUCCAUGGACCUAAUUCAGUUUGGCAGCCCCGAUGGGAAAAAGCAAGGCUGAAAACGAAAGACGGUCAGGAAAGCGAAAAAGGUGAUGUAGCAAAAAUGGUAAGAAGGAAGCAGCGCAAGACAGCAUGCACCAGGUUCUGUGAAAGCAAAUAAAAUGACAUCAGAGGUGGGGGUGGAGGCAAAAAAAUCAAAGAGAGAUAAAAUGUUGAACAAAUGCAUUUUGGUUAUGUGGAGCUCAAGUAAUUAAAAUGGUAUUAACAUUAACAACAAAUGCAAUGACGUUGAAGGCAGUUUCCAUUGAAAUUGAAUUUCUCAUCUCCCUCUCAUGUAAAAUCAUGGGAGUUGCUUUUGGGGGACACAGCAGUAUGCAUCAUGCUUCUAUGAGCUGGCAGUCCUUUGUCUAACUCAUUUGGAGGAACAUUAUGAUAGCCCAGCGACUGUUCUCCUUGUGUAACAUUAGCAUGAAUUACCUGGACUGAUGCUCGGAGGUUCUCUCUGUGCCUCUAGGAUUGCCUCCCCCCAGUUGUUGCCCUGCAGAUGCCAUUGAACUACAAGUUCCCUAAUCCUUGACUGUUGGCUACACUGACUGGGAGUGAUGGGCGUUGCAGUCCAAAAUAUCUGGAAGGCCCCAGCCUGGGGAAGGCUGCUCUCUAGAGGCUUUGCUGUGGUGGUGUUUUAAAAGCAUAAUGCUCCUUACAGCCUGAUCCUCGGAGUGCUGUGCUGCUGGAGGUCCCAGUGAAGUGAAUGAGGCAGGCAUGUACCUUUAUAGAGUAUUUUGGAAGAGCAGACUGUCUGUCUUCUGGGCCAGCUCCUUAAUGGGGUGGCUCCAGCUGGUUUCUGUGGUUUAAAUUAAGCUCCAGCCAGAAUCCCUUAAUGAACAUGCAGUUGCUGCUGUUGACCUAACUCCCUCUCCGCAAAUGUUCUUAAAAGCUUUCAAUCCACCUGGGUUUUGGAAUUGUCCCCAGCAGAGAUCCCUGGGCAACUUGCAAAGCAGCCUCUGUGUGCCUGAGAGCCAAUCUGGAUGCGAAGGGUUGCUCAGGGAGCUCUAGGGUUAAGUGCUUUGCACCUGCUGUUCCGCUCUCUUCUCCAUGUCAUUCAAAAUAUACUUAGUGCUCCUCUCAUAUAUAUUCUCCCAGCCUAGACCAAGGUGGAUGUGUGAGCCCCUAAUGUAGAGUUCACUUGUUUAUCACCCCCCAGCAGGUGAUAGAGAUGGUGAUAUUCUUUCAGAUGCCAGGGGGGCAACUGGAAGUGUGCAGUGCACACAUUUUGUUCUACAUCCCUUCCACAUCGGAAGCUGCUCCGUGUUCCUCCUUCCUAGUAAUAAGGCUAAUAGUGCUUCACUGCCCUUGAGGGUGAUGGUGGUAAACACUAUAAUAAAGACUGGGAAUCACUUAAGACUGUGAUAAAGGACCCUUCACAUAAAUUGACUGCCACAUGGAGGCCAUUUGAAAUGGUGCCUGCAUGGCAACUUCUCCAGGGAGCAAGCUGCUUAGGGACAGUGGCUCACCUGUGCCAGUGGACUGCAGGCCCGCCGAAAAAGGAGAAAGGUGGCAUUGCAGCGCCUUGUCCAAAGCCAGCAGGAGGUUUAGACCUUGAGGUCCCAUUUUAAAAUUAAAUGCAGUAAGUCUGCAGCUUUCACGCAUUUAACUUGUGUACAUUCAGCUUUAUGUGUGUGGCAAAAAUGAAAAUGAAAAUAAAUGGAAAGGGGGUGGGGCUCGGGGGGGAUGACUUGGGCAAUCGCACCCACCAUUGAACCCAAUGUGUUUUAACUGUACACUAUUUGGACUUUAGGCGCUAUCCCCAGAACAUAACCCCAGCAUAGGUUGAGUGUGUGGUACACGAGGGAUGGGGAACCUGUAGCUCUCCAGAAGUUGAAAGACUCCAACUCCUAUCAGCCUCAGCCGCCAUGGUCAAUAAUCAGAGAUGGUGGGAGUUGUAGUCCAGCGACAUUGGGCAGCCACAGGUCCCCAUUGCUGCAGACUACAAUAGGCUUGCUGUCCCACCAGAGUAAACACUGGCCUGUGAAUCACCCAGGUGAGUUAACAAGGGGAUGUAGCUGAACAACCCUGGGGUUCCUUACUUUGGUAAGUACCUUGAUGGUAUAAGCAAGCUCUGUCUCUGCCCUGUGCUAGCCAUUUUAGAUUCCUUGUGUAACAAUAUUCCUCUGCCUGAAUAAUGGAGAUGGCUGGGUCGUCCUCUGGCACUUGGGGACUCUGGUCCCAUGCAGCCUUGUUGGGGCAGAGGCAUUGCAAGGUCAAGGGGAAGGAUGGCUUGGCAGAGCUUAGUGCCACUGAUGUGGUAACUCGAUUCCCCACUUUUCCCCUUGACUGCAGCUGAUGGGGAGGGGAGCAGAGAUGCGACUUGAUCAGAAGCCUGCCUGGCUGAGGGAAGCAGCAGACCAGGCAGAGUGCAGGGCUUGGCACCAUCUCAGCCCAGAGGGUUAUUUCCCCCCACCCACCCCAGACAGCUGAGUCCAUUUAUUUUUAAUGAGCUCCCUUAGAAUGCGCAGUGAGAAGGAGAGAGCAGCGCGAGCGGCAGAUUCUCCCCAACCGGGACAGGCAGAGGAGACGGCACAUACACAACUCUCCUUUUUCUUAAGGGGGGAGGCCUCCCUUCAACUGCGGCCGCUGCUCCUCUCCCCCUGAGGCGGGGAUCCUCUUAAAUGAAGUUUGAACUUAAAAUGCAGUCGAGCACAGAGGAGGAGAGCUGGCUUGAGGAUCAGUGGGAGAAAUGGUAUGUCUGGGGGCAGGAGGGGGCCUGGGGGGGGGGACACAGAGCUGGUCUUGUGCACCUGUACAGCGUUUUUACAUUAUUAUUUUUUAAAAAAGCAUUUCCGUUUGGCUUUAUACCAGCCUAUUUAUUUAACCGGUGAAGUCUGACUUGCUAAAAACCCUGUUUGAGCAAGGUGUCUGCAUAGCAGCUGCGGCCUCUGUGUGCAGACUUGGUUGCAAACUUUUAUCUGCUGCGAAAUAGGAUUGAAAGGCAGUCGGGGCAGGGCAAGGAAACCAGACCAUUUGGGUAGAGUUCUGCUAGUCUCUCUCUGGCAUGGCUGGCUUUGAGCCCAAAUGGGACUCCUUAGUUGCCAAAAGGAAAAUAUUGGUCUGUCAAGAGAGUUUUCUUUCUUGGUGCUAAGAAGCCGUCUGCAGGAGACCUUUGUUGUAGGGGAGGUCAGGAUCAUGUAGACAUUGUGGUGAAUAAGUGGUGUGGGGAGGGCAGGAGUAGAUCUUCCAGUGCCCCGGCAUGAGCCUGUAAGUUGCCACUUGCUGUCACUGAUGGAUCAAACACACAGCACCCCAGAACUGAAUAUGUGGGGCUCACUGCAGGGAAAAUCCUCCAACCAAUCAUACAAUUGGUGCUGUCUUCAGUUCCACUUUCAAUGAGAAAGUAUGGCAGUCCCUUUAUGUCAGACAGGAGCAGAUUCAAUACUGCUGUUAGCUGGGAGUGACAAACCAAAGGCUUUGCAGGGCUCUUCUGAAAUUGGGUAUAGGUAAUUGGGAAAAAUGCUCCUGCUGGGCUAUUGUGGUAAUUGCCCAUUCGUUAGCCUCCCAGUGACAGGGACAGAUAUUUGCAUGCAAUAGAACAAGUAUUAACAGAAGAGAUUUCCUGACCCCUGUGACCUCUCUGGAACAGGAGAGGGAAUCAAUUAAUGCUUUGGCAGCCCAUCAUAUAGACUCUCCAUCCCUCUCCUAAUAUUCCUCUCUUCUUUCUUCCCUUCCUGUGUGCAGCCCCUCAGAGACAUACAGGUUUCAUGUCAAAUGCCCCACCCCCUUGUUAAUCCAGACGGGCAAUUCAAUUACAGCCCUGCUACGAAUCCCUUCCCUAACUCCAGCUCCAUGCAACUUUCUCUGUAGCUCUGGAAAUCCCUGGUCCUGAUAUCACUGUGCCAAUGCAGGGGAGAACAGAAGACAAGGCACCACGCUCCUUGAUGGGUAUCUUUUGCCUCCUUUGCAGUGUAAAGUACAUGCCAGAGAGUUGCAGUUCAAAAUGGUAUAAUGAUUUAUAAUAUUAAUAAUUUACUAUUUAUACCCCACCCAUCUGGAUGGUAACCUCUUACACGUGCUAUGCCUCCCAGUGUGACUGGUAAUGCCCAGUGGGAAGAGGAGUUUCCUCCCUCCGUGAGUAAUAAAGCUAAGCAAAGGAUUCAGCUGGGAGCUGCUGGGAGAGCGAUGGCUUCUCUGCUGAACCCUGCUCUGUGCAGCAGGCUGCGCUUCAACCAGCAACAAAUUUCUCUGUGCAAAGACUUGCCCUUGGCAAAAUGUCCCCAAAUGUUCCCUGCUGUUUUCCUGUGAAUUGAUCUCAAGCAAAAGCCAUUGACUGCAUAUUGGAGGGGCUGCAGAAAGCACUUUGGCAAGGUUUCAGAGGAAGGAAUUAGAAUCUAUAUUGAUAAGAUGCAUUGAGAUGAUCUGUGGAUGAUUCAUUAUUUCCUUUCUUGAUGUCUCCCUUACUGCCUUUUUCUUACCUCCAUGGGGAGCAGAUAGGCUGACGUGUCUACUCUGGUUCUUAAGGCUAAAUGCAGUCUCUUCUCUUGAGGAUAUUGUCAGUGUUGGGGAAGGGCAUUUCCUCUUCUGUGGGGAAAGGACACCUGGGGGGGGGGAGGAGAACAUAAAAGGCUCUUUCUGCGUCUUGGCAGAUCCCGGGAUAUUAGGGAGCAACUGAGGUUUUCAUUUGGAGGAAGCUGAUUGGGCAAAGUUCAGCAGUAAAUUGCUAGAUAUUGUCUAUGUUUCUGCUCAUACAGUUUUGUUUUAGAGUUGAUUUAUAAAACUAUUGGAUUGAAUUUUUGUGUAUUUUAUACUUUGAUAUCUGUGUGCUGUAAACUGGUUUGGAACACAACUGAUGAAGGGCAGUUUAGAUAUUAAUUAAAUAAAUGCACUUCAAAGGAUUAAAGAAGGGAGAGUCCUAUUGUUGCCAAGUGUUCUUGGUAGGUUUUCUCACUUUUUCUGUCUGAACUACCUGGAAGCCUGGACAGCUUCCAUAAAAUACCAAGGUGGUGUACAACAAUAUAAACAGGUACAGUAAAGCAGAAGAUGCCACAAAACAAUACAAAAUAACUGGCUCAUCUUGGGGGGGGGAAAUUAAGCAACUGUAUAGACUUGUUAGCAUGAAAGUGUGAAGAGUUAUAAACUGAAUCUUCUUUAGUCGAAAGCUUACUUUUCUCAUGCUCUGUCCCCACUUCUUAGUUUCCUUUUCAUAUUGAUGGUUUCUUUAUGAUGAGACGUACAUAUGGCGCCACACAAUUGGGUCAGUUCUGCAGAUGUUCUUGAAUAAUUCAGGCCAGACAGAGCAUUUGGGCUGAAUCCUGACAGUUCUAGGAUCCUAACAUUUUAAGACCAAGUUCAGCCUAAAAAGGAGUUGACAGUGAGCUAGAAAGGUGUCCAUUGGUUCUGCCAGAUGUUGCUGUAGUGUACAGUAUUAUGUUGACAAGGUUAAUUUUUCACUAUUAAAAUGCUGUUUUGAGAUAUCUGGCUUCAUCUUCCAUUUUCAUAAUGCGUAUUUUCUGAAGAAGUCAAAACAUUCGGAGUUGGGAAAGAAGUUAGAUGAGGGAUGAGAACUCUUAAGUUACUUACGGAUUGUAACUAUCUUGCUGGAGUGAUUCAAAUUUAGGUUUGUGCAGUUGAAGUGGUUUUACUUAGGAAUUGUGAGAUAGCAAUUAAUCGACAGGGAGCUGUUAUAAUAUCUGUGCAAACAGUUCAGGAUUAAUGUUUAAUAAAUAGCCAUGGGGGAAUGUGAGUAUAAGGUCUGUUGGCUAAUUUGGCUAAAAUCUAUGCAAAGUGGUAAGGAAAAUGAAAUUGAGUGAAACUGUUUAUCAGUGGAGACUUCAGCAUUAGGGGUUAAAGGUAGAGCCCUCCCAAUCAAAAGGGGCAUUGUUAAAGACAACCAAACCAUCUCAACAGGUUGAGUAUUUGCAUUCCGACCCCCUGCUCUGUCUUAUGAAACUGAGCAGUCAGAACCCACAGCGCCACUCUGGGUGACCACUUGUACAGUGCAUCACCAAAAAGAAAAAAGAAAAAAGAACAGAUUUGCAUUUAUAAAUGCAAAUUCAGAAAUCAUUGCAAUAAUUUAAUCAGAAGAUCAUCUCAGCGUAGAGUAGGGAGACUGUACGCUGCGAGCCUGCUCUGUCUCUCUGCUAGGCAGUCUUUGAGGACUAUCCUCUACAAAGUAGGACUCUUGUCCACCCUGCUGUCACCUGGGAUGAAAUAGAUUAUUGUUCAUCUUUAUUGUUUAAAUUGGUCUUUUGGAGGAGGGGGAUAUUGGGUGGCGGCAAGCAAGACGCUGAUUUUGCAGCUUGCUGUGCAUUGUCUGUUUUUCACAUAAGCACGUUUUCAGGGACGGUUGCCAGUGAAAUUUGGCAAUGAAAAAAUUAGCAUCUCAAAUGGAUGUUGCAGUGAUUGACAGAAAAAAUGGAGAUGUGGUACCAAAAUAAAUAAGCCAAAAAGGAGGGGCAAGAGUGAUGCAAAGCCUCACAAAGAUGUUUAAAUGUGUUUGUUUUAAAAGUCAUACAAAUAUAGUACGUCUAGUAUGUUUUGCUGCCUUCAGGGGCAGAAAUAUUCCUAAAAGCUUUAAACCACAGGUGUGCAAUGUAGGGAAUGCUUGCAGCCCCCAACAGCACCUGAAACUGCCUAAUUCCUUCCACCCUCUUAGUUUCUUCCAUCCCCAUUGUUUCCUCUCCACCCCACUAGUUUUUAAAAUUAUUUCCCCCUCUUUCUUCAUAGUUUCAGAGGAACUGAUUUUAAAAAUGGUAGAUUUCUGCUACAUAUAUGUAUAUUGCACAUUAAAGUCAGGAAUUACUUUUACUUGUUUUUCAGAACAGUAGCAGUAUUGGUCUGAUUGUAUUAAAAACACCCUUUGUAUUUGAGAACGACCCCAUUAAACUCAAUGGGGUUUGCUUUUAUUCUGAGUCAACCUGCAUAGAUUUGAGGAUUCUUAUCUAAGUAGCCAUAAUAAAAAUUGAAAGCACAGCAGUAUUUAUACAAUAUUAGCUAUUUUUUAUUUAUAUAUUUUCUUACAUUUAUAUCCUACUCUUCUUCCAUCAUGGAACCCAAGGCGACAUACAUAUGAUUUCCCAGAGGUCUCCCAGUCCAGGCACUGACCAGCCCUAGUCCUGCUUAACUUAAGGGAGAUGUUGACCUCAAGUGCCUUCAGACCAUACUCUGAGACCAUUCUCAAACACUUUCAUCUCUGGCCCAUCAUUGACUUUGGCUUCCAUAACUGCCAACAUGCAGCCCCUGAGAGAAUUUUUUUCUUCUUGACAGGGGGUGGGGAGGGGGGGAAUUUCCCCCCCUGUGGUUUUAAGUGAACUAUAUCAAUGAGAGAUUUUUGCCCCUAAAGAAAACAACACAGCAAAGCACAUUGGAUAGAAUUAUUAUUAUUAUUAUUAUUAUUAUUAUUUAUUUAUUAUUAUUAUACCCAGCCCAUCUGGCUGGGUUUUCCUGGCCAUUCUGGGCCGCUUACAACAUAAUCUAAAAACGUAAUAAAAGCAUCAAUCCUUAAAAACUUCCCUAAACACAGCUGCCUUCAGAUGUCUUCUGAAAGUCAGAUAGUUGUUUAUUUCCUUGACAUCUGAAGGGAGGGCAUUCCACAACGUGGGCGCCACUACCGAGAAGGCCCUCUGCCUGUUUUCCUGUAACUUCACUUCUCACAGUGAGGGAACCAGCAGAAGACCCUUGGAGGAGGACCUCAGUGUCGGGGCUGAGCGAUGGGGUUGGAGGCCAUUUAGGGGUUUAAAGGUCAGCACCAACACUUUGAAUUGUGCUUUGAAACGUACUGGAUCCAAAUGGUCUGCAUCCUCCAGGCGUGCCUGGAGUUGUUCAGCAACCACUCGCUCAAUCACCUUGCCCAAGAAUGGAAGAUUUGAGACUGGGCGAUAGUUGGCCAUAUUGGUCGGGUCCAAAGAUGGCCUUUAAGAAGCGGUUUAAUAACCACCUCUUUCAGCGGGUCUGGGAAGGCUCCCUCACAGAGGGAAACAUUCACCAGCUCACAGAGCCCAUCACUUAGCUCUUCCUGCUUUUAUAAGCCAGGGUGGGCAAGGAUCAAGGAGACAGACGGUCGGUUUCACUCGUCCAAGCAGCCUGUCCACAUCCUCGGAGGUAACAGAUUGGAAUCGAUCCCAUACAAUAUGACCAGACAGGACCCUAGCACUCUCCUGCUCUGGCCCUGCUCCCACGGUGGAGUCUACAUCUUUCUGAUUCUGAGCGACUUUAUCUGCAAAGAAGUUUGCAAAAUCAUUGUGGGAGAUCUUGGGGUUAUCACCAGGCCCCAAUGGGGAAGGUGGUUCCGUUAGAUAUAUAAUAUAUAUCAUAUUUUUAAAAAUCAAGCUUCAUUUUGAAGUUUUACCUCAUCCUUUUUUUUUUCUUUUUUUGCACCUACACUCCAUUCCUAUCCUGCCAGCACAAGCAUGCACACACCACCCAAACCUGGAAGGUGGUCUCCCUAACCCCAGAUAUAUGGGACUUAGUUGUGAUUACCCAGUAAUGAGGAGCCCUCUCUGCAUGACCAGAGGUUAUUUCUUCACAUUUUCAGGUCUGAGUUAUGCUGCUGAAAAUAGCUUCCAGUUCUGUGUUGCAGUGGGCUGCGUCUCAAAUUAAACCAUUAACGUUGGCCUUGUGGGCUGAAACAACUUUAAACCCCUUUUUUUCCUAUGCUCAUAUAACAUUUAUAUAAAAAAAGAAUGCCUUUAAAUAUGUUCUUUCAGUUUUAGGAAAUGUAGCGGUUUGGUUUUGUUUUUGAGAGGCUGAGAGGGUUUAAAAAUAAAAAGCUUCAUGGAGCUAGAGGCGAGUGUGUUACGGGACACUGUAAACACUUUGAUUAUUUUGGUUGGUUGGCAACAGGUAUGUAUGUUAUAGAUAGAUAGAUAGAUAGAUAGAUAGAUUAUGCCUUUCCACAUACCCCUCCCAUAGGGAAAGGCUGGGGAAUCUCUGGCUCCCCAAAUGUUGUUGGACUCCCAGCUCCUAUCAGCCCCAGUGAGCAUGGUCCAUGGUCAGGGAUGAUGGGACCUGGAUGCCAGUGUGCAGGUUCCUACCCCUGGUAUAGGGAGUACCAUAUUUUUCGCUCUAUAAGACGCAUCAGACCACAAGACGCACCUAGUUUUUGGAGGAGGAAAACAAGAAAAAAAAAAUAUUCUGAAUCUCAGAAGCCAGAACAGCAAGAGGGAUCGCUGCGCAGUGAAAGCAGUAAUCCCUCUUGCUGUUCUGGCUUCUGUGACGGCUGCGCAGCCUGCAUUCGCUCCAUAAGACGCACACACAUUUCCCCUUACUUUUUAGGAGGGAAAAAGUGAGUCUUAUAGAGCAAAAAAUACGGUAAUUGAUGUUUCUGCACAUCUUUGAGAACAUUAUUUCCUUUUGUAUGCCCUAGUGUUGGGAAAGGAGGGGCUCAAAAUAGUGCCUCCCCCAGCUCUCUCACCAGCUACCACUACGCGAGACCAGCCUCUGUGUUCUGGGCUGCAGGGAAUGUUGAAAAUACCGCAGCACAAAGAACAGAAGAAUCAGGGAAACUCUCAGAUAACCAGGACAGAAGAAGGUAAAAUUCCUUUGGAGUCUCUACUCAGUGGAUUAUCUAAUAUAAUUGUCAAUUUAGCUUGGCAGGCAAUUAACCUUUUCUCUCUUUCGGAUCCAGGCCUGGGAUCCAUUGCCCCAAGCAUCACCGUGUAUGUUGUAUUUCCUUUUUGGCUAGCUUUCCUUGAUGGAUAACCUCACACUCUUUGCCUUAACUUAGGCUCACCCAUGA